UUCUGUAAUCUAACGACGUCAGCAAAGCAUCGCAGAAAGGAGGCAAGGAGAGGCAGACGGACUUAAGGGAAUAGAGAAGAGCUACAGAAAAACAAAGCGGCAUGGUAUGUGGUGCUGUUUUUAUCUAUGUCAAACUUUAUUUAUAUGCUGUUUGCAGUGCAAGUGGUGAAUUUGUAAACUUGUAGAAAUAUACAGCAUGUUUAAAAUAUCAAACUGAAAUACUGACAGAUAACAUGUCCAUUCUCACAGCUACAAAUCAAUGCAAAUCUAUGUGCCAGCAGCAUAUUUUGUUUUAUCUUCUUCCAUUCUGUCAUGUCAUUUCCAGCCUUUCAGCACCUUCUGCACACUGAUUUCAUUUACCAUCUUGCUUUCUUUCACAAGUGCCACAAUCCAAAAUCUCAUCCUAAUGUGCUUCUCUGUUUCAUCAUGUAUGCUUGCAAGCAUCGGUUUGAGAAGCAGAACAGCUAAUCUGGACCACAGAAUAUUAGUAGAGUUUUACACUUGCCUAACAUAUUAAAAGUUCACUACAUUACAGGUUCUCUUUAAUUGAAAUCUCCCCAUUGAAUGUGUAAUGUAUCAUAGAUCUAAAUUAUAUAUUCAUUGUAAAGUUUAAAGAUAUAGACAUUACUUAACUUCCUCUACCUGCCAUGUCUUAAACACACCACUGGUACCACCUGCACUCUGCUUCGCUGUACCAAGCAAAAUAAUGGCUUCUUUGACAGCAUUCUUGUGUUUGCACAGGGAGAAGCCAUAGAGAGUAACUAUAGCAAUCGCAGCGCAUGGGCUGUAGUUGUUAUGCCAGAGAGCCUGAGGGCGACCUGUAGGAGGUCUCUCCUGUUAUCACUUCCAGCCAGUUCAUCAGUAUGUAGUUCUGUGCUUAAGAGUUGAUUGACUGGUGGAGUAGGGACCUACUUUCAAACAGAUUUUUUAUCUUGCUAACAGUUUUGCUAGCACAAUGUAUAGAUGGAAUUUAAUGUGCUAUUUAUUAAAAAUGUAAAAAGUUGUGUGCUCCAUUAGUGUCACACUUUUUAUCACUGUCCUUGCAAUUCUUUUUACAAAGUCCAUUCUUCCUUUUAUUCUAAUAUUUUGGUGCUGUGUUGUUCCAUCCUUUUCCAUAAUAUCUCUCAAUCUUUGACAACCAGUUCAAACAAGUCUCCUUAAUCCUCUUCUUCCACGUCUUCACUUCCAUUGCCCAUUUUGUGGCAAAACAUAAUCUAAGUGUGUCAAACUGUGUGUAAAUCUUAAUGGAAUAACAUUCAGAGUGCUGCUGUUGGGGCAAUUGCCUGUUUUAAACUUUCUAUAGUAAUUUAUUCUUAUUAAUAGAAUCCCUCAAAAGAAAAGUAAUUGAGAAUUAUUGGGCAAUUAAUAUUUUAUUGUGAAUAUGCAAAUGAACAACAUUUCUUCUUAUUAUUUUUAAGUUACAGGUGUAUAUAUUGCAUUUAAAUGUUCUUGUUUCUAACAAAUAGUUUUUGUAUCUGGACUUUUGCAUAUUUCUGCACGUUAUACAGGUAGCAUAAUCUAAUUUUCAUAAGAGUUAUACAUAUAUUUAUGUCAAUAUGUGUGUGUAAUGCUACUGUGACUAUAUAUUAGCCUAUAUAUGGCUGGUACUUUAUUAUUUUUGCAUGAAACUACAACAAAUUGUGCUCUUAGAAGACACGUAUCAACAUUUUGCUGAAAAUAUAAUACAGGGCAGUUCAAAAAGUUUACUUUUUAAACACCGUGAGUCGUAUAGAUUAGUGAUAUUGAUGUCAAUUUUCAUUUACAAUUUCAAAGAAAAUGCAAUGUAUUUGUAAAAACACAGAAAAUACCAUUAAUUAUGGUACAUAUUUUGGAACACUAAAGUCAUGUGAAUAUACACAAAUCAGCCCCACUGUGAACUUAGCUGAGAUGUCUACUUAUUAAAAACAUAAAUUUCAUAUACAAAGAGUUUCUAGGUUAAUACAUUUAUAGUCUCAAAAUACUAACUUUUAAACUUUCAAACUUUAAUGCACUUGUAAUUUAUGGUAUCAGAUAUUGACAUUCAAGGCAUAUAAUGUAUAUUCAAGAUCAAAAAUAUUUUUUUCAAGACCGAGAGAGGAGAAAUACUGAGACAGCCACUCCAGAAAGGGACAGGUUUGACAUAAUCACAGGGUUCAUUGGAUUGGGGGAACAGAUAGGACAAGAGACAGAGUACAUAGAGUAACACAUAUAUUGCUCAGAUGAAGAGAACUGUCGGGCAACAUCCUGGCAAAUGAGAUACUAUUAUUUAGAAGGAAUUAAAAGAAAAAGAUUCAGAGCCAGGUGGAAACAGCCAAGCUGAGUCGGCAAGAAUCCCUAGAAGAUCGUCAUGAACAGGUAGACAGAUAGCAAGUGUAUUGUCAACAGAAGAGUGGAAGCACUGCAAUCCAGCUACACAAGCUGAAUGGGAGGAGAUGCUGCAAUGCAAAGUGUCUGCAGGUGAUAUCAGAGACCUCUCAAAUGAAAUGGACAUGGAUGAAGCAUAUGGCUAAUCACAUCUGGUAAGUGGCACUACAUUAACAGCUAGGAAAUUGAAAUUACUGUGGAGAUGCUGGCAGUGCCAUAGAAAUAGCCUGUUGCAAAUCUAUCUAUCUAUCUAUAUAUCUAAAGUCCACACUUUUCAUUAAUGCUUGUCUUUGAAAUAAUUUUAAGCAGGGUAGGGCAGGGGCAGUGGGACAAAAAAUAAGCCUGGCAGCAGCCCACAUUCACGAUUCAGAAUUCGAGAAUUAGGGUUAAGAGAAUUAGGAUUACGAGGCUUAGGACAUAAAGCAAAAAGGCUAACUUUACUUACACAUUCUUUUGCAUACGUAGUUACGGUGCUUGGAGUAUCUCAAUAAUCAAAUAUUAGUGAAAGAGAUAAAAUAAGUAGCAGUGCCUUGGAAAAGUCCUCAAACUCAAGAUGGUAUAUAUGGUGAAAUCAAGAGAAACAUAUGGUGUAGUAUAUCAGAACUUCAAAAGAAGAGAAAAAAAAGAAGAAAAAAGGAAAUACACUUACAGUGUAAGGAGCUGACUCUUAGCUCCAACUAUAGUGGUUGGGCGGUAUAAUCCCCACCUUACUAUUGUCUUGGUCCAACACAAAAUGGUUUAGACAUACAACACAAACAGAAAUAGAAUGCCAGGAUAGUGUAGUUUUUUAAAAAAAAGAUCAAAUUGAAUAAUAGGUAUAUUACAAGUUACGAGUCUUUAUUGGAGUGGAAAAUACCCACUCUGAGAUAUAAAUGCAGACAUCUUUCUCUGGUGUGGGUAGAUACAGGAAAUAAAAUAUAGUACUCACAUUAGAAAGAGUAAACAAUGGUUUUUCUCAAUCCAAAAUGCUUAGAUGAUGUAUUCCCCACCAAGGAAGAAGGUGUUCCACCAGCCAGCAGGCAAAAAGUAAGAAACUAGUAAGACAAAGCAUUUAUGAACAACUUUUAGUUGCCAAAUCUGAUGAUGCCGUUUACCAACAAAUAUGUGCCCGAUAAACUGAAUUAAAUCACCUCAUCUGAUAUUAUUAAUGUAAAAUAUAGGUUUUAAUAUUAAAACAAAUAUUUAUCAAAUCCUGUUAUGCCUUAAAUUUAACCAAUGUGAUCUAAUAAAAGGCUUAUCUUGAGCUGAGAAACUGCCGUAGUCCUCUCCCAUUCAGUGCUUGUCUGUGAAGGCAGAAAGCAUCUGCCUCAGUGCUUCUGUAUGAGAAGAAUUUGAUUGUCUAGGAGAUCAUCAGUACUGAAGUACUGCAUUUAGGAUAAGUUAACUUUAUUUAAGAAGAACGUAGGGGAGCAAAAAGGGACAGGAGAUACAACACUCCUUUAUGAAUAAAUGUAUUUGUAAUCGAUGUUCAGUCAAAUAUGAACGGGUGAGUAAGUGUAGCAUUGAAUAGGCCUGUGACUGGCUUGGUUUAUAAAAAAAAAAUAUAUAUAUAUAUAUAUAUAUAUAUUUCUAUAUCAGUGGGUGGUUGUAGGUGACUAUAUGGUUGUAUGUGGCUGGAUGCAUGUGAUUAGAUGUGUGUUUAUAUGUGACAGGGUGCAUGGCAGGGGAAUGGAGAGGAUAGUGAAGUAGAUAGGGUGGGUUCAUAUUUGUAACAAAUUCAUCCGCUUAUAGUAAUGUGUUUGAUGGUAUUUACCGUCCUGACAGGAAUAGUUGUGCCCAUCUACAGGCCGCUGCGGAUCUAUGCUACUUUAUAGCCCAUGACUGCCCACGUUGAGGAUGACAUUUUGCGGUCAAAGGCUGAUUACGGCCAAUCGGAAUAACAGGAUGGGUUAUUUAAACUUAUAUUUACAUUCUCUCAUUGCCCUGUUGUGGUUUCUGCCUGUUGGUAAUCGGAGGGUGCGUUCCUGAUCUUGAUAUUUUGGUAUUUGACUUUGGCUUUCUUCUGACUUCCCUGAUUUCUGGCAUCUUUGACUUUUGGCUUUUUUUCAUCGUUGUGUCUGAUUCUGUAUCUCUGACCUCGGCUAGUAUCUGACUACUCUUGGAUACGUUAAGUCUGACCAUUCUAAGGUCCGGUUAGACAUUAUCCUUAGUCCUAGGUGUGACACAAUUCUGUGUGCAGGAUCAAUUCGUAAUCCUGACAUUACGACAGGGCCAUAGAUCCUGCAUAAUUGUGUCAGCACAUAGCUGCUUGCUAGAGAAAGCUAGAUGAGAAUGAUCACCAUAUGGAUCAGUUUGCCCAGGCUUACAGUACACUUCUUACCUGAACAGCGCACCUACAGCCUGAGACGGCUCCGCCUAAUGUACCCCCACCUAUAGUACAUAAGGCACCUACUAUCUCCCCAUCUCCUCCCCUGCAUUUUGAUGGGAAUAUUCAAGAAUGCCAGGGAUUUCUGAAUCAAAUUGAAUACCAUUUUAAGGCCUCAUGGGGAUCAUUCCCCUCAGAUAGAGCUAAGAUUGGUUACCUAAUGAACCAACUUAAAGGUAAAGCCUUAGCCUGGGCCAAUCCGUUAUGGGAGAGUAAUAGGAGUAUUAAAUGAGAAGAGAGGGUCUAUGCUUAUAUUGUGGCAAAAAAGGACAUAUGAGAGAGACUUGUCCUAUAAGCCCGAAAAACUUCCGUACCUAAGAACCUUGAGGGGACAGGUCUUAGGUGUGAUGGAUACGUACUCUAGUAAUAACCAAAGUAGAUUUCACCUAGACACUGUUGCACUUUGCAACAAGAAAAACGUUUCAUGCAAAGCCCUGGUAGACUCAGGUGCGGCAGGUAACUUUAAUGACAUGCAUUUUGUUAAAAAACACUCUAUACCUGUCAAAGAGAAAGCUUCACCUCUGGCUGUUGAGGCUAUAGAUGGGAGACCUUUCUUUCAACCUCUGAUUACCCACGAGACCUUGCCUAUCUCUAUCAGUAUAGGAACAUUACAUAAAGAAUUCCUUACAUUUCAGACAAUCGCUUCCCCUUCCUGUCCCAUCAUAUUAGGAUUCUCUAGGCUCAUCAAGCACAACCUUUAUAUUGACUGGGCCAAAGGGGAAAUACUUGAAUGGGGCGCAGACUGUCAGGAGGGUUGUAUAUCACCUCUUACUAAAAGAGUGGGCAUCGUUACUUUACCUACUGUUACACCCACUACCCCCGAAAUACCCAUGUAGUAUUGGGAGGUUAGGGAAGUGUUCAGUAAAAGUCAAACUGAUGUUCUACCUCCACAUAGAUCAUAUGAUUGUUCCAUUGGUCUGUUGCCUGGGGCCAUGCCUCCUAAAAGGGCGGUUUAUGCUCUAUCCCCACAAGAGAGUAAAAUCAUGGAGGAGUACAUGAGGUGCCUUAAGUAAGGGUCACAUACAAAAAUCAUCAUCCCCUACUGGUGCAGGUUGCUAUUUUUGUGUCUAAAAAGGAUGGAGAAUUACGUCCUUGCAUUGACUAUAGGGGAUUAAACAAAAUCACCUUAAAAAAUGCCUGCCCCAUUUCCCGGCCGUAUUUCAGGACUUCAUUAACGAUGUGUUAAGGGAUUAAUUUUACUCUUUUGCACUUGUAUACCUUGAUGAAAUCCUUGUUUAUUCCCCCGACCUCUAGAUCCAUCAUGAUCAUGUUAAACAAGUGUUACACACUUUACUCAAGAUUGGUCUUUAUUGUAAACUUCAGAAAGGCAUGUUUGAUCAACUUGAAGUACAGUUUUUGGGGUAUAAUAUAUCCGCCUCUGGUUUCCAGAUGGAUCCUCACAAACUAAAGGCUGUUCUACACUGGCCAUUACCCAACGGGUUAAAAGCCAUUCAAAGGUUCAUUGGUUUCUCCAAUUAUUACAGGAGGUUUAUAAAAGGGUUCUCUUCAGUAAUAGCCCCCAUCACCAAUAUGACACACAAAGGGGCUAAUUGCAAUAUAUGAUCCAAAGAAACCAAAGAGGCUUUUGAACGUCUCAAAUUUAUUUUGCUUACGCAGACUUAUUGAUACAUCCUGAUACUAGCAAGGCUUUCAUAUUGGAGGUUGAUGGCUCCGAGACAGGGGCCGGGGCUGUUCUUUCCCAGAGAGAGAGUCAGAAUACCCCCUUACAUCCUUGUGGUUACUUCUCCAGAAAGUUGUCUUCAGCUGAGCGUAAUUAUGACCUAGGUAACAGAGAACUAUUGGCCAUUAUUUUGGUGCUCAAGGAGUGGCAACUUCUUUUGGAGGGUUCCAAGGAAAUGAUAACUGAUCUGGCCUAUAUUGGUGAUGUCAAAUGUCUGUCUUAUUUAUUUAUUUAUAAAAUAUUUUACCAGGAAAAAUACAUUGAGAUUUCUCUCAUUUUCAAGUAUGUCCUGGGUCCACAAAUCAUUGCAUUGUUACAUUAGGGUACAAUAAAAUACAAAAAAAUACAAAUACAAAAGACAAGCUAGACGGUCUCUAUUUUUGUCCCGCUUUAACUUUAUUAUUACUUACAGGCCUGGUCCUAAAAUUUUUAAAGCUGACGCCUUAUCUAGACAAUUUGACGAAGAGUCAGAACUAGAACAAGAGAUGUCAACCAUUGUUCCUCCUUAGUGCAUCAUAGCAUCCACUGUCCUUUCCUUGUCAUCACAAUUGCUUUGUGCUAUCAUGGCGGUUCAGUCCCAGGCACCUAAUGAUAAACCUCUAUGUACAUUGUGUUUUCCAUUACAUGACAGAAAAGAGGCGUUGACAAUAUUCCACAGCAAUGUUACAGCUGGACAUCCGGGUAUAAAUAAGUCUAUAUCGGCUAUUUCCAGAUCAUUUUGGUGGGAGUCACUCCCUGUGGAUUAUUACAUCCACUUCCCACUCCAUGGUCUCAUCUGUCUAUGGAUUUCAUUGUGGACCUACCUAGUUCUAAUGGUUAUACCACCAUCCUUAUGGAAGUUGACCGCUUUUCCAAAAUGGCACAUUUCAAUCCACUAAAAAAAUUGCCAUUUUCUCAGGAUCUAGUCCUCAUAUUUAUGCGCGACAUUGUCAGGCUUCAUGGGAUCGCUCAAAAUAUUGUGUCAGAUAGGGGUUCCCAAUUUGUGUCAAAAUUCUGGAGGGCAUUCAAUAAACAGUUGGGCAUUAACUUGUCUUUUUUCUCUGCUUACCAUACCCAGUCCAUGGUGCGGCUAUAAGGGCUAAUCAAUCGAUUGAGCUGUAUUUAUGUUGCUUUGUGAAUGGUACUCAGUCUAAUUGGGCUGAUUUGUUGCCUUGGGCCAAAUUUGCCAGGAAUAACUCUACCUAUGAUGCAUCUGGGCACAGUCCUUUCUUUGCCAAUACCGGCUGCCACCCUACUAUUCUCUCUGAUAUGUUUUCUGACACAGCUAUCCCUGCUCUGGAUGACUACCUGGCCUCUAUCCGUGACACUUGGACUAAGGUUCACUCAGCUCUUAAAACUGCGGCUGCUCGCUUUAAAUUCCAUGCUGAUAAAUGGCGGCGUGCCAACCCGGUUUACCAGGUGGGGGUCCAGGUUUGGUUGUUUUCUUGCAACAUUAGACGGAAUGUUCCUAGCAUGAAAUUUGCUCCUAGGUUUCUUGGUCCUUACCUUGUCCUUAAGAGAAUUAACCCUUUUUCUUAUUCCUUGGCCCUUCCUACAUCCUUGCGCAUUCCUAAUUUGCUUCAUGUAUUUUUACUCAAACCGCAUAUUUGCAAUAAAUAUACAGUCCCGGCAGUUCCUCCUCCUCCUUUGGUUGUUUCCAGAUCUCCUCCAUUAUCGAUCCCAGGUUUUCUCGUGGUUAGUUGCAGUACCUGGUUGAUUGGAAAGGGUAUGGACCUGCCGACAGCUCUUGGGUUCCUGCUUCUGAUAUCCAUGCAGGUUGCAAGGUUCGCUCUUUCCAUGCCAAGUUUCCUCUCAAGCCGGGUCCUGCAGCCGGUGGGUGGUCUUCGGGGGGGUAACAAAUUCAUCCGCUUAUAGUAAUGUGUUUGAUGGUAUUUACCGUCCUGACAGGAGUAGUUGUGCCCAUCUACAGCCGUGCGCCCGGAUACCUGAUAAAACCAGCAUAACUAGGGAUGUCGGGCCGCUGCGGAUCAAUGCCACUUUAUAGCCCCAUGACCACCCACGUUGAGGAUGACGUUGGCGGGCACGUGACGUCACACGAACGCACAUUUUGGGGUCAAAGGCAGAUUAUGGCCAUUCUCUCAUUGCCCUGUCAUGGUUUCUGCCUGAUGGUAAUCCGAGAGUGCGUUCCUGAUCUUGAUAUUUUUGUAUUUGGUAUUUGAGUUUGGCUUUGUUCUGACUGUUCCUAGAUGUGACACAAUAUUAUAGUCAUGCAUGCUGUGAACUAGCUAGUUAUGUGUGUGAUGUAAAGAUAAUCUACUUGAGUUUUAGUCAGUAAAUCCACACUGAGGUGAGGUGCCUGUGCACAUCCUUAAUUCAACCCUACUCCAGCCCCUAUUUUCAGUGAUAAAGCAUACGCAUCAGCAGUCCAGAAUUCGCUGAUGGAAGUCACACAUUUAGGGGUCCCAUCAAAAAUAGGUACUAUGGACCUGUCCUGCAUUUUUAAAUUUGUCAUCAUAUUUCAAAAUGCAGGAGGGAACUGUGUAUUAGGACCAUGCAGAGAAUGUUUCAACAGCACUUCAUGCAUGAGGAGGCAGUCUAUCAGUCAGCCAGGCAAUCCUCUUGAUACACAGGCCCUUGAUGUAUUGAUGGAUGGUCUCGCCACCCCUUUGAAUGGCAGGCCACCACCUUGAUGGGCAAACCAACCCCCGGACAUUGCUUUUUGCAGCCUGCUCUCUCUUCUCUGUCCCAGAAGGUGGGUAGAGAAAAUUGUCAGGGAUGACCUAAGGUAGUUAGAGGAGAAAACACAUGGAUGGUUUGAAUGUCCAUUUUAACAAGAACCACAUUGUUGACUAGGCUCCUGAAAGUUGGUGAAAGGUUUAAGAGGUUCUUGAUUUGUGCCAUGAUUAGAUGAGGCCUGAUUUAGUAACAUUCAAGAAAACAUUACUUUAAUGGAUACCAUGGUACAUUGAUGUAUCUAAUUUGCAUAGAGGUCUUUAAAGCACAUUGUGACAAGUGAGAUGUGCACUGACAGGAAGGGCAGGAAUGUCAAUAUCAUGUGGAAGCUUGAAUCAUAACAUUUUCAAAAAAAGAUUUUUUUUCCAUAUCACUACAGCUUCAAUAUCUAUGCUACCAAUAUGGAACACUCCAUUGCCCAAGAAAGAAGUGAAGACAUAAUUAACACCACAACAUGCUAUAACCCCUUUUAAACAAUAAGACUAUCAAAGCAAACAUAUGAAUAUAAUACAUUAUUGAACUCCUGCACCAGGUGACUCAAAAUCAGUUGAUUCUACACUACUUAUCUCCAUACCACCUGAUUCUAUUGUAGAAGCUUCUGUAAUACAUGGCUCUGCACCACCAUGUAGAGACUCUAGUAUACCAAGAUCACUAUUGCUGUUUACAUCACAAGUUGUCAGACAGUCACUUAACUGGAGCCUAGGAGCAGUGUAAUGCUCUACAUUGAAAAUGUAACCUGCGACAUUAUUGAUGCACACCUGCAACAUUGCUGGAUGCUAAGUUGGUGCAUCUGAGACCCAGACGCUGGAAACUAGAGGUAGGGAGAGGAUUCUGACACAAGCUUACACAUGUUCACAUGCCAUACCAGCCUGGCAAUAUUCCCAGUGCUCUUGUUCCAAGAAUAACCUCUGAAGAAAUGCCUGCUGCAAUGGUGUUUGAGAUACUGUGUCCCCACCAACAGGAGAAAGCUCUUAAUAUGAAGAAUACAAAGUGAAGUCAACAUAGUUACAAAGUAGUUGAAGAAUAUGUACUGUGAUGCAGGACAGUAUCGGCAUCACUCAGACUGCAUGCAAAUGCUAUGUAGAGAAAUACACAAUGUGAACUUAACACAUGAUUGCAUAGCAGAGGUUGAGUUGAGUUUGGACAGCUGCUGACAUUGCUUCCACAUUGACUACAUCUGUGAGUCUUACAUCUAUGUCUUCAAGAGAAGAGCCUUCAUGAAGCUUUGGUCACCACAACAAGACUUAUCUGGUCUGCCAAAGAAGUAACUCCACUGCUUUACCUUUUUAGUUAUUCAUUCAAUAAAUCUAAUUGGACUAUAUUUGUGUAUUUGUUGUCGUUUUUAAGUUAACUUUUUAAAGUAUUGUAUUCCGCUAGCUCACUAUUUGCUCAUUAGCUCCAGCUUCCAUGAAGUCUGGUACAGUUGUGAAGUUGCUGAGUCAGACGGACUUAGGGAUGUGUGUCAGCUGAAAAAGCAAACUGUACCGAUGCCUGGAGUGCAGGGCCACCAUCAGGGGUAUAGUUAAUAGAGUUGUACAGGGUCAGAACUACUUUUGACCAUGUGUUUUCAUUAAAGCCUACAACUUUUAACUUCUACAAAGCCAUGAGUGCUGGUCAUCUUUACAACUUAUAUACAUGAUUUCCCCCGGACUGCAAGCACCCGGAAACUUUAAUACACAGUCCAUGUGUGCAAGGAUACUGUGGAUUUUAUAUAUACACACACACACACACAUCUCUGUGUGUGUGUAUAUAUAUGUAUAUAUAUAUAUAUAUAUAUAUAUAUAAUCUAUUUAUAUAUACACACACAUAAUAAUAAUAAUAAUAUAUAUAUAUAUAUUUUUUUAUUAUUAUUAUUACUGGUAACACAGACUGCAUCCCCUAUACUCACACACUGCAUCCACUUUACUCACACACACUCUCUGCAUCCACUAUACACAUACACUACAUACAAUGUUUACACACACUGCAUCCACUAUAUAUACACACACUGAAUCCACUGUACACACCCUGCAUCCACUUUACUGAUUCGGGAGUAUGCACUACAGGAAGACUCAGGCCUUCAGCUGUAUAGGGGGCUCCAAAAUUUCUGAUGGCAUCACUGUCGUUGGGACAGCAGAUGCUAAUGACAUUGAGUGCAUAUCAUUAAGUGAAGAUGUAGAUAAUGGUAUUUCACCAGCAUCUAGGUAAUCAGAUAUUUAAAGGGUUAUUCCAAACACCACGCAAACUUCAGUAAUUUGAAGUGGUUGUAGUGCCUGGAGUCUGUGCAGCAUUUCACUUUGAAAUGCUGCACAUGUAAAGAUUAAUCCGUUAGCUGUCAGAGCUUCACCUCCAGCAACACCAUUAGCCAACCCAGAAAAAGCUCCAUGCUAGUUAAUGUCAAUUCUGUGUAAAAUUGGUGUCUGCCAUAUGCUGGCACCAGACAGUUAAUGGCAGCAUGUCCCACUUCCUGCCGCCACUAUCCUACCCUCAGUCUGUCCUCUCUAGUGAACGGGAGUGGUGUCAGCCAAGGAGGAGAUGGCUGAGGGGAGAACUUGAACUUAACAAUAGAAUGGAAGUAAACAGUGUUUAUUUUCUUUUUUUUAAGUUUGGUAUAGGGGGACCACCUCAGAAAAGUUUACUAAAAACAUUGAUUGGAGUAAGCCUUUAAUUAUGUCUCUCCUCGUAAUGUGCAUACUUGUACUGUUUAACUUUUUUGAUCGCUCUGGCCCAGGAACCUCCUUUAAGUGUAAUGGCAGUAUGUCCUCUGGAAAUCUGAGAGCCACAGCAAUGUUGUACAUUAUACAGUAUGCAAUGAUGGCAUAAAACACUUAGUAGACUUGUGCAAGGCAAAAAAAAAUAGUUUCAGCUAAACCAUUUUGCCAAAAAUUAAACUUAGUUUGGAAUUUCCGACAUUCAUUCAGUUGGUUGCUAGGCUCGUCUGAAUAUCCUCAAUCCCAAAACAUAAUUUAAAAUGAUUAGGACAAACAAAAAAGCACAAUGAUGAGCCAAUCAGUGUAGCACAAAUAUCGAAUCUAUGAACAUGCUUGGCUCACACACAGGUAUACACACACAGAUACACAAACAGAUACACACACAUACUGACAGAUGCACAUACACACUGAGACCUACACACACUGACACACACAUACUGCCACAGAUACACAUAUAUUGCCACACAUGCACACACAUGGACAAAGAUACACAUAUACAUACACACUGACAUAUACAUACACAUACACUCAGUGACCCAUACACACUCACACACAAACACAGUGACACAUACAUUCAGUGACUCAUACAUACACGAUCCAUACACACACAUAGUGACAAUAGAUUCCCUCAGUGACCCAUACACACACACAGUGACUCAUGCAGUCCAGUGCAGGAUUAUGCACAUGCCACUCUGAGCAGCACAUGGUCAGUCAGUCCCCUUCUCUCUCUCUUCAGACUCUGGGAUUACACUGCUGUUUCACACUGCUGUGUCCUGUGCCACCUACUCUCUCCUUCACAGCUCUCUAUUUAAACUAAGAGGAAAUGACAGGCUCUCACUUCCUUCCAGCCGGCCAAUGUAAAAGGAGCAUGGCUGCGCCCUAUGGGCUUGUGGGCCCAGGUGCAGUCACAUAGGCUGCACCAGUGGUAGUUCUUCCACCGAAGCUCCUAAAAAAGCAUAGCCAGUAUCACCUGCAAUGACAGUAAUGAGUAUGACAUUUCCUUUUCAUGUAUAAAAUAGGAUUAUUGAAUGUGGCUUGCCUAGCAGUCAUCACCCAUGUUUAAUAUAUCGAAAGGAACUGCAUUCAACCCAUAGAUAAAAUCCUGGGUGCAACCAAACCUGGGGCUAGCACCAAGGCCCAGGAGGUAGUUUGUAGUCAAAGAAAAAAGAAAAUAGUCAUGCCAGUCCAAGGCUUAGAUAGACUAAUUAAUUGGAACUGCAGUGUCAAGCAGCAACAUUUUGACCAAAAGAUCUUUUUCAAGCUUGCCUAGGGCCAAGGACCUUGUAAUUGAUUUGCAUAGUCAGCUGUUUGGUUUUGGGGGUUAUUACUGUGGUAGUUUAGGCAUAGUAACAUGUUUUGUAUGGUGGUGUUAUUCUUCAACAUUGUCAUGAUGUGCAUGAUUAGUUGUUUUCAGUAUAUAGUAGAGAUAUAGGUAGGUGUUUAAUGGGAAUGAAGAAAUACAGAGAUGCUUUAGUAAGCUGAAACGAGGCAGAACAGUUAUGACAUUGAUUUGCCUUUUUAACUCUUAAGGCUAGUGUUCACCUUAAAGUGACAAUACAGGCACCCAGACCACUUCAGAUCAUUGUGUCCCUUCCCCCUUAGUCCUGCAAUGUAAAUCAUUGCAAUUUUAAAGAAAUUGCAAUGAUUACCUUGCAGGACGAAGUCUGCCCCUAGUGGCUGUCAAUCAAACAGUCACUAUAGGCACUACCUGGAUCCUAACCGAGUUUUGGUUGCAUGAGGACAUUCAGCAUUAGAGAAAUCCCUUAGGAAAGUAUUGAAGCAAUGGGGAGGGCCUAAUACACUCUCGGUGCAUGCCACACACAUUAGGUCCCCCAUUUGAUUUCAUUGGAGAAGGCAUAGAAUGGUUGAGUAACCUGAGGUUUUUUGAACCAUUUAAAUUCCAAGGGGGGUGGGGAGAAUACUAGAGGCCAGAGGGCACUAUUGUGUAAAGAAAACAACUUUAAAGAUGCAUGUUAGUUUCCAUGUCACAUUGGGUCUGUGAUCUGAUCCGAUGAGGCUGUAAGUAUGCAGGCCGGAGAGAGAGUCCUUUUGUUAAGGUGUGGUAUGCCGCCCGGACAGUGUUAAAUGCCCUCCUUUUGUAGGACUGCAUAGAAUGCUCUAAUGCCCUAACGCCAGGAAGGGGUUAACUUCUGUGCAGCUUAUAUCAUAUUUUACUGUGGCUCCAACAUUGACAUAGUAAUUGCAAUCCAAAACCGAAAAAUAGGACCAGCGCAAACAAGAAUGAGUGAAUAUCACAGCACUGAGGUGCAUUAAAAAGUCUUGUUUGCGCUGGUUCCAUUUUUCUGUUCUAGGCAACUAUUAUAUCUCACUGAUGAUACAUUAUUCAUCAUGUGUUGAACACAAACAAAUGUUAUUAUCAAAGUCAUAUGUUUCAUGAGUGGUAAUCAUCUUCUCUGACAUCUGAAGAUACCAGAUAUUUUUCUGAAUAGCUCAAUCUCUUCUGUAAAUGUCUACAUUCAUUUCUUUGAAGAUCCUGAUAAUAUAGUGACUAAGAAAUAUCACUGGCAGGGAUCUUGAUAGCAUCAACAAGUUUUGCAAUAAUAAUUAUUUUUUCAUCAACAUUUGACAGAUUUCCUUCCCAACAGAUUUUAAUUUGCUUUAGUUUGAGGCAAGCUGGUGGAAGCAUUUACUAAAUUUACCAAAUGCCUAAUGUCCUUAAAAUUCCAUGUUUUGGAUGCGAUAAUGGCAACCAAUCUUCAAGUUGAUUUAAGAAAUCCACAGUUUGUAACAGUUUUUAAAAUUGUCGGAUCCUUGGAUGACGUUAUAAUGACUUGAUAUAUAGAUAUGUAUGAUUAAUUGCACAGCUGCUUAUCACUAAGCUCACCACUGCUUGUGAAAUAUGUUAGCACCAAGGAAAGACCAAAUGGACAUACAGUUUAAUUAUACUUUUCUCUAUAUUUUAACAUACGCUUUUACCUUAUCACAAAUGUACACAACCACACUUGUAAAAAAUCACAGUAGACAAUGUUUUCUGAACAAAUAAGUCUCUAUUAUAUAUAUAUCUCCAACUCAACACUUAUUCUUUAAAAAAGAAAAAAGACUGCACGUUUUGUGUGUGUGUGUGUACUAUAUAUACAUUGUAACGGAGCUCCAAUACCCAACAUAGGUAUCUCUGCUGUAUAAUCGCUGAAGCUGAGGAAACAGUACCAUAUCCAAGGCAAAAUCCCCUCAGUAACUGGACGACACACAGUUCUGGGAGUCAACUGGUUUAAUGGGAGCCACACAUGGCCUUUUAUGUAACCCCCCAUGCAAGGGGUUUCCUUAAUCAUAUUCCAGGGGCUUUCCCCACUGGACCUGAGAGUAGACUGUUUCAAAGUACACAACUAAAUCACAUUAACUCUCAGGUCAGUACAUAUACAUGACUUACACCCCAAAACAUAUAUUUUACAAUUCCAGAAACCAAUCAAAUGCUUUGAUCUGAGCGCACACUUUGUCAAAAUAUCACUCAGAUCUCUUCGGUGGUUCGGGAACGCCAUUCAAGUGAAGUUUUGGCUGGUCAGCCACGAGGUGAAGCCCCAAAACAGUUCCAGAGGAAAAUCAGGCACAACCUGUCAUCUUUCAGGGGUUCUCACAUGAAUACAGUCGAAAGCUCCCCCUGGCUACGAAUGUUCCCCCUAUUCGGUAGUGUAUGUCCCCCUGAACGCCGUUUUCUUAAUAGUUCGGGAAGUUGAAUAGGCAGCGGUAUCAGUUUACUGGGUGUUCGCAGGGCUGUGUAGCCGAAAUCAGUUCCAUGUCAUCGACGACAAUGUACCGCUGCCCACAUUCGGGAAACAAAUGACAGGUACUCCCCCUGCUGCCUGAAAAUAAAAUAAAGUUAAAACAGUGUAAAAAUAAAUAAUAUAUACUUAGAUCAUAAAUAUAUUUAUUAUAUAUAUGAUCUAAGUAUAUAUACACACAUAUACACACAUACACAUACAUAGUCUAAGUGUAUUUUAAUAUUAAUAUAUAUAUAAUUAUAAAUAUAUAUUAAUAUCAAAAUACACGUACAAUAAUAUUGAUUAAAUAUAUAUACUUUUUAUUAUAUAUAUAUUUAUAUAUAAUAUAAAAUAAAUAAAUCUGUAAAUACAUAAAAAAAAAAAAUAUAUAUAUGUGUGUAAAUUCGUUCUAAAUGUAUUUUAAAAUUAAUAUAUAUAUAUAUUGAUAUCAAAAUACAUGUAGAACGAAAUAAUAUAUAUCUAUAUAAAUAAGUAUAUACGUAUAUAUCACUAUAAAUAUACCUAUAUAUAACUAAAAAUUGUUUAAAAAAAUUAUAUACAUAUAUAUUCAUAUAUUUAUGUACACACACAUAUAUAUAAUAAUUCUACGUAUAUAUUUAUGUAAUAAUUUUACAUAAUUAGGUAAUUUUCUUAAUUACAAUUAGCAGGACCUGACAACCCAAGCCAAAAGUCCAGGGAAUUUAAUUUGCUAGCACUAUAUUUAACCUUGUAACUAUCCAAAACGCCAUAACACCUGUAUAUGGGGGGUACUGUUUUACUCGGAAAACUUCGCUGAACACAAAUAUUAGUGUUUCAAAACAGUAACAUGUAUUACAACGACGUGAAAGUGAAAUUUCUUGCAUUUUUCACACCCAAAUGGCACUUACAUGGACAAUAUAAUUGUUGUGAUACGUUUUACCAUUUUGAAACACUAAUAUUUGUGUUCAGCGAAGUCUCCCGAGUAUAACAGUACCCCUUAUGUACAGGUUUUAUGGUGUUUUCAAAAGGUAGAGAGUCAAAUAUAAGGUUUGCGUUUCAGUUUUUUCACAUUGAAAUUCGCCAGAUUGGUUACGUUGCCUUUGAGGCCGUACGGUAGCCCAGGAAUGAGAAUUACCCCCAUAAUGGCAUACCAUUUGCAAACGUAGACAACCCAAGGUAUUGCAAAUAGAGUAUGUCCAGACCUUUUUAGUAGCCUCUUAGUCACAAACACUGGCCAAAAUUGACAUUCAAAUUAGUUUUUUGCAUUUUCAAAUAUUAACACUAACUUUGGCCAGUGUUUGUGACCAAGUAGCUAUUAAAAAAGACUGGGCAUACCCCAUUUGCAAUACCUUGGGUUGUCUACUUUUGCAGAUGGUAAGCCAUCAUGGGAGUAAUUCUCAUUCCUGGGCUAUCAUACGGUCUCAAAGGCAGCGCAACCAAUCUGGCGAAUGUGAAAAAACUGGACAAUGUAACAUGCCAUAUUUGACCCUGUAACUUCCCAAAACACCAUAAAACCUGUACAUAGGGGGUUUUACACGUGAGACAUCGCUGAAUACAAAUAUGUGUAUUUUAUUGCAGUAAAAUCAAACAGUAUUAUGACAUUCACAUUUAGACUGUCACUUAGAACUAAACAUUUUUUUAAAAAAUUCAUAUUUUCUCCCAUUUGUUUAUAUUUUAUUCAUAUUAAAUUAUGUUUUAUACCUAAAUAUUUGAUGUUAAAUGAAAGCCCUGUUUCCCCUGAAUAAAAUGAUAUAUAAUAAGUGUGGGUGCACAUAAAAUGAAAGAGGUGAAUUAAGCCUGAACAGACAUAUACCGCAAAUUAAAGUUUUUGUUUACGUUUUGUUUUGAUCACAACGUGUACAUUUGGCUCAGUCCUUAAGGGGUUAAAAGAUGCAAAGCCAUGGGCCACACAAAUGGGGUUCGGUAGACGAACAGAGGGGUUACGGACAGCUGAACAAAGGGAAUGAUUAGUGUUUGACAAGCGUUCAUUUCGCUACAUAUAUAUAGUAGUAGUAGGACAUACUCUAAAGCACUUUUGGCACCAUAACCACUAAAGUACACUGGUUAUGGUGUUUGGAGUGUUUCAUUAAAGACACAUAUCUAGCCUUUCAUUUGCAUCUGUUAUAUCAAUAUUUUCUUCAGGGUUUUUUUAUGGAAUAUAGUAGAGUUACAGCUAGACUAGAUUUUAAAGGGGCCAUACUGAAAAGAAAAACACACAAAUGAGUGUAUGUUUAUUUUGACUGUUGCACAUUUUGAAUCUAACUCUAACUCUGCUAUAAAAUCUAACUCUAACUCUAUCAUAUGCCAUAGCCAUAGAAAAACCUGAAGAAAAUAUUGAUAUAACAGAUGCAAAUGAAAGACUAGAUGUUUGUCUUUAACCCCUUAAGGACCAAACUUAUGGAAUAAAAGGGAAUCAUGACAUGUCAUACAUGUCAUGUGUCCUUAAGGGGUUAAUGAAACACUCCAAACACCAUAACCAGUGUCAGGGCCGUCUAUAAUAUGAUUAGGACCCUGGGCAAUGCAUUUUCUUGGGCCGCCUGGGCCCUGCUCCUUCCCCCGCAACACCCUAAUUACACCCAACCCGCAAUCACACUGACAGACAUACUGACACAUACGCACACAGACAGGCAUAUGUAAACAUUCUCAGAUACAUACUGACAUACACAUACACUGACACACAAAUAUAUACUGGCAGACAUAUUGACACACAUUCAGACAUACUGACACACAUACAGACACACAUUCAUGAAUACACAGACACAUAAACUGACAAAUAUACUGACACACACAGACGCAUACACUGACAGACCUAUUGGCACACACACACAGGCAUUCUGACACAGACACACAGGCAGACAUACUGACACACACAGACAUACUGACACACACACAGACAUACUGACACACACACAGACAUACUGACAAACACACACACAGGCAUACUGACAUAUACAGACAUACACAGACAUACUGGUAUACAUACACACACACACACACAGACAGACAUAGACACACACACAUACUUAGUGACACACAGACAUACUGACAUACACACACACAGACAGACAGACAUAGACACACAGAGACAUACUGACACUCACAGACAUACAUACACACAUACUGACACACACACACAGACAGACAUAGACACACACACACACACACAGACAUACAUUUAGCCACCCUCCAGUUUCUUACCUUUUUCUGUAGGGUGGUUUCCCUGGUCCAGUGGCAGGCUGAGGCAGUUGGGAGUUCUCCUCUGGAACUCCCCUCCUCCCUGCCUUUCUCCUCCCGCGCGGUUGUGAUCUCUGGUGGGAGGAAGUGACGCGCGGCACUCACUUCCUCCCAGCCGGCUGCCGAACAGGAAGGGGCCCGGUCGCGCUGUUUAAGUGUCACAGCGCCUGACCGGGCCCCUGCUGACACAUGCCCACCGGGUGGCCCUUAGUGCAUGGGUCACCCGGGGGCCUCCUUAGUGUGCGACUGGUGUGGCUCUGUGCAGCCGCCCCGCCAGGUCCAUGGGAGCUGCUCAAAUCGCGGGGCCCACGAGGUAGCUGCUCUGGGGCCCCUCAGGAGCAUUUGGGCCUGGGGCAGCUGCCCCGUUUGCCCCGCGUUAAAGACGGCCCUGACCAGUGUACUUUAGUCUUGGUCUUUCAAGCAACUUUACUAAUGCUGAGUAAAACUACUUUGUAUUAGUAAAUAAGAAAAGUUAUAACCUCACUCCUACACACUAUACCCCGACACACAGUAUCCCCCUUCCAGUACCCACCUGUGCCCCGCGAGUGGGGGCUAUUAAACUAAACGCAGUACCUUGUGGUCCCUCUCAGCCACCACCCAUUGGUAGUGAGAGCACUGUUAAAGUGAGAUUUAUGUGGGUAAAGCAAGUUUUAUGGCUUGAUUGGUGUGUGUUUUUGGUGUUUAGCAAUGUAUUAACUAUCCACUUAUUUCAGGUGGAAGAGGUUUUCAUCCACUCUUUUUUCCCCACCACAACUCUGUUGGUAUGUACUUUACAAGAAAGAUAUGCAAAUAUAAUCUGGGUUUGGUAUGAUGCACAAAUAUUUCUUACGGAGAAUAUUCAACAUGUGUGUUUCGAGAGAUCUGAAAAGUGGCACAGCUGUGAAUUGGCUCUAGUGUUGAGGCUUGGCAGAGCACCUGCUUUGGACUUGCAUGGUGAGCAGGAUGCUUACUCUUGUAUAUCUGAGCUAAAGCAUUGAUUUGAACUGCAGCAUUUUUACAAACAAUAUGCAAGGAAAAGAGUGACAUUAGAACUGCUUGCAUCAAAAACUACAGAAUGAACUUAGGUGGUUGUGGAGCUCACAGUGUCCCUUUAAAUUAAUCGUGUUUAUUUAAUAUUAGAAGGGUUUAAUAUUUCUAAAAUGAGGUAUGGAUUGUUUACUACAACAUUGCUUGGGUAAAACAAAACCAGAUUAUUCUUAUACAGGAAGCAGCAUUCCAAUCCAAUAUACCAGAUGCUAAUGAAACCUCUAGAUACCCAAUUUAAUUUAGACAAGUACCUUAAUUAUUUUGGUGAAGUUGCCAAAUGUUGCUUUGUGCAUGUCUCGUCCUGCCUGAGAAUAAAGAAGAUGUUGCUGGAUCAAUAGGCAGAAAUAUUGAUCUUGAUAUUAGAAUGUGGUUUAUUUUUUUACCUGUGCUAGGAAAUGAUGUUGGGGAUGGUUAUAUAAAGUGAAUGUAAUAGAUUUAUCAGAUAAACAAAUCCCACUAAUAUAUUGAUAUGUCCAAUUCAUUAAACAAUAAUCAGUUUGUUUAUGUUACAGUUCCGUUUAGCGUGCCCCGCCUCAUCACGUCUAUCUUUAACCAAGCAACUACCUGCAACUACACACAGUUUUUGAUGCACAUUACAUUUCCAUUCUUGCUAUCUAUCAUAUCACACACCUUUCUUUUUCCAAUAUCUCAGAGCAAUAAUGUAAGAUAGGAAGGACAAAGUGCUCUAUUUUGUGUCUUCAUAAUGUUACAGUUCACUAAUAUAUGGACUGUCCCUGCUUCUGAAGGGCAUGGGGUAUAUGGAAAGAAGCUGAGAAUAUACUGAGCUGUCUUUGAGAGCCAAACUACAUCUAUAUUGGAUAAUUUAUCUUUGAUAACCACAUCUCGAAUGAGAUCAAAAGUGACACAAUAAAAGGGGAAAAAACAAGCUGCAUUAUACUAGUACUGCCGUUAUGAAUUGGGUAAAGACAGUGUUUUCUGAGUGAUGGUGUAAACAGAUGCGUGAUGAAUUGGCUCUAAAAUAUUACAAAACAUCCACGAGCUGGCGUUUUCGAUGUCAUGUGCAUCAAGGACUACAGAAAAACUGACUGAAGACAUUCCACAAAAAUGCAAUUUUUACAAUAAAUAUACUUUUGAACGAUUCAUAAGGCCGACAGGGUUAUUCACUAAACUUAUGGACCUCAACAUUUGGACACUUUUAAUCAAUGUUUGGAAUUUUCUAUUUAGCAUCUCAAUGGACAUGAAUGUACAAUGGGUUUUAUAUGGCUCAAUAUGACUCCCAUAUAUCUAAUGGAAGCAAGUUAUCCCUGAACAUCUUCUCAAAUAAAAUGCAAAAACAAAACAGAAGCACACUAGAAAACGUUAACGCCGUACACACUAUUUCUCUCAAUGUGUGAAAAGUAAUAGGUGGAAAGUGUGAAGUUUGUACAGUGCAAAGAUUUCUAAUGAUGAGCUUGCACUGCAUAUGCUGAGGACUAUUCUCUGCUUUUCUGAAAACUCACAGGGUUAUUCACUAACGUGAGAAUUCAAGGUAAAUUCAAAGUGAAUUUCAAAUUCGAAGUCAAAACAGCCGAACACGUCAGCUAAGUUUUCAGUUUGGCUACUAAUCCUGUAAGCCAUAAUGACAAGUCAGGACCCAAAACCAUGACUAUUUUGCCAGUUCGGUAGCUGCUGCUCGGUAUAACAUGCAGCAGUAAGCAAUCUUUGACAAUCCAGAUGUUUUGGUCUACAUCUCCUUUAAUGCUUUUACAUCCAUACUGCUGGCAAAGUAUUAGGGGUAAAGUAGUCCACAACCAGUGGCGGAACAACCGGGCCCGUCACUCCAGGGGACCCGGCUGCCCUGCGGGCCCCCGUGACCACGAUGCCUGCCGCCAUGUGUUGCGGUCUCAGCCCGUGCGGUAGAACCGCCGGGUGCCACAUUGAAGGAGCCCAUCGGGUGGUCCAUGCUGUUAGGCCCACCUGAUGGCAAUGAAUAUCCAGGGGACCCGGUCAGCGCUGUGGCACUUUAACAGCGCGACCGGGCCCCCUGAGAUGACAUCACAGCUGGAAGAAAAUGACUGCCCCGGUCACUCCUCUCAGCUUACACCAGGAGCCGCACAGGAGGAGGAAGGAGAGAAGGGAGUCAGAGUGGGAAUUCCGACUCCCAUCAGCCUGAGCCACCACUGGACCUCAGGGAAGUAACCCUCCUGCAUCUAAAAGGAGGGUGACUAAAACAUUUAGUAUGUGUGUCUAUGUGUGUGUCUGUCUGUGUGUGUGUAUGUGUGGGUGUGUGUUUGUAUGUGUGUAUGUCUGUGUGUCUGUAUAUGUGUCUCUGUAUGUAUGUAUGUGUCUGUAUGUGUGUGUGUAUGUGUAUCUGCAUGUGUAUCUGUUUGUCUGCAUGUGUGUGUGGGGAAACGUGUGGGAGGGGGAGAAUAGACGUAUGUGGGGUCGGCAGGGGGGACGUAUGGGGGGAGGAUAGACGUAUGGGGGAGUGGCAGGGGGUAGACAUAUAAGGGGGGCCCAGGUCAAUUUUCGCACCAGGGCCCUGUGGUUUCUAGUUACGCCUCUGUCCACAACAUCUGUAGUGCCAAAGGUUACCCUGUUUUCAUAUAUAUAUUUGAAAAGAAUGUAGUGUAAAUCAAAGAUUUUAUACUAUAAAUCAAGGUGUUUUAAAUUAAUAUAUGAUAAGGAACCAAAAAUACGCAACUAUAUAUAAUCAUGAAACGGUAGUUUAAGAUGACAUCGACAUAGUGUGUACUUGUAACUUCAUGGACAAUUUUAUAAAGAAUGUCCAUAUUUCCAAGACUGCCAAUCACUUAACAGCAAGACUAUUGCCUUGGGAAACGGCUACCUACUGGUUCUUGGCAUUGUGAGCAUAUUUGCCAGUAGUUUUCAUGACUUCAUUUUCUCUGAGAUUCAUUGACAAGAAUCCCUUCCUGCAGUGGAUAGCGGAAAGCAUAUGAUAAUCCCAUUCUCUUAAUUAUAGUCUAAAUAUAUAUAUUUUAAUAUUGUGUAGGAUUAUCUUUCCAUAUCUUUCUGAAACCUAAAAAGACAAAAACAAAGAGUGAAAAUGUGAAAUAUUGCAUGCGGAUAGCAUAAUUCACUGCUGCUACCCAUAAGUCCUUUACGAGUGUGUCACAUGUUUAACAGUGGAAAUUAAAUGUAGAGAAUGUGCUCAUUAAACACAUUUCCCCUUAAUUUUUGACAGAGCACCUCUUAGUUAAGUUAUUAUUGGUGUAACAUGAAGUCGUUUUUUUUAAGACAUUUGAAGCAACUGUUAAGACUCCUGUAACUCAAAAUUCCUGAAUCAUUUUUCCAACCAAAUAUUGCUGAGGAUUUAAAAUGCAGAAAUAUAUCUCCUUUUAGCAAAGAAUGGAUAAUAUCUCAACCCCCAUUGAAAAUCUGAUUUAUUGUCAAAAUGUAGACUUUCAGCUGGUUGCAAUGAACAACUCAAACAAAAUGAAUUGAAUAGCUCAACACAACAAAUGCUUCAAGUGGUUUCCCUAAAUUCAACUGAAAAUGCAACUUAUAAUGACUUCUCCAGUUUCAAAAUCACUCAACUCCUUAAUGGUAAGCAUCUUUAGUACUAAGAACUUUGCUGUUAUGACCUGCUGCAAACGAGAUACAUAGCCAGACAUCAGCUUUUGACAGCAUUCCUGAAGAAUCUUAGCCCAUUGAUUAUGAUCAAUGGCCUCCAGUUCAGUAAUAUUCUUGGGUUUGCGUGCUGCAACUGUCUUCUUGAAAUCCCACCAGAGAUUUUCUAUGGAGUUCAAAUCAGGUGACGCAGAUGGCCACUGUAGAAUUUUUCAGGACUUCUUCUGCAACCAGUUUUUUUCUGAGGUAUGCUUGGGAUCAUUGUCUUGUUGGAAGGUCCAAUAAUGUCCAAGCUUCAGGUUCUUCACAGACGGCAUGACGUUAUCUCCUAGAAUUUCCUUAUACUUCAAUGAAUCUUGCCUUCCAAAUGCUGCAGGUAUGCAAGAGGAUGCAAAUCAGCCCCAGAGCAUCACCGAGCCACCACCAUGUUUAACUGUAGUGUUAACCGCUGAUCCACUUGGCCGAAAAGUUACAGUUUUGUUUCAUCCCUCCACAGAACAGAAUCCCAAAACUUCUGUGGCUUAUUUAUAUGAUUUUAAGCAUAUUGGAGCAAACUUUUCUUGUGCUUUCGGGUCAGUAGUGAUGUACAUCUUGGAGUUCUGGAAUGGAAACCUUCUGCAUUUAGUACGUGUCUUACUGUACUCACUGAAAUCUCAGUGUCUGUAACCACCAAGUCUAGCAGCAGGUCUUUUGCAGUCACUUGACGGUUUUCACAGCCUGCCUUCUCAGAAAUCUGUUUGCAGCCAUUGAUAGCUUUCUUUAACUGUCCCAUCUAGUUUCCUUCAACUUUGAAAGUGCAAAUUAUGCUUACAGCGGUGCCUCUUGGAACAUUCAGUGCCUUUGUUAUCUUUUUUCAUCCUGUUCCUUGUUUGUGAAAGGCGAAGAUCUCUCUUCUUAACUUUCUGAACCAUUCUUUUGACUUAACCAUAUUUCUAACAUGCAGUCAAAUGUGACACUCAACAAACCCUUAGCCAGUUCAGGUAUGUCAAGUGUUCCUUCUCAAGCACACUUGAUGCAACUAAUGAAGCCCUUGAUUAGUUGCAUCAGGUGUGCUUGAGACAACACAUGUUUUGCACAUUUGUGCUGUUGUGAGGGAUUCUAUUCAGGCGGAUGAAUAAUUGUGAGACUGGAGUUGCUAGGUAAAAGCAACUACCCAACACAGACAUGCACAUGCACACUGAAACAGAGACACACAUUCACAAACAGGGAUGCUCAGAUACAUACAUAGAGACACUCAGUCAUAUGCAGAGAGGUGGUUGUCAGAUGUCUGGACAGGGGCCAUGAAGGGUGCAGUUUCAGUGCUUGAAGUAGACACUAUCUUCGGUAGAUAUGCCUCUGCUUGGGACUCUUUGGAACUAGUACGCAUGACGAUAGUGGACCUUGGCAGAAUGUGCAUUCAAGGCCAACAGUUAAUGGAAAUAUAUUUAUAACUAUACAUUGCCUAGAAAUGUUUGGGUUAAACAGUCUAAACCUCUUGUGGAGUGUUUGUACAUCCUUCCCAUCUAAAUCCUGCCUGUUUAUAUCAGAACUCUGUCUACAUUGACAUGAGUUCCUGCGCAUCUGUAAGUGCAUAUGUAAUGACAAGAGAUAGGUGUAAAUAAUAGACUGUGGACCAUUGGAUUAUCAUUGUUCUGAUGCAUGUCUUUAUUAUACCUGGGUAAGCCAUAAUGUAGUACAUAUCACAUUUUGAAUUUUAAUGUUUAUUUUUCUGUAUAAAAAGCAUGAUUUAUAGAUCAGUACACUCAGAUGUUAUUAUGAUAAGAUGGAUUUUAUGGACCUAUUUUGCAUUUUUUCAAAGUUUAGGGUAUUAUUUUUGAGUUUAGUUUUUUUACGUGCAUAAUGCAAUUUAGCAGUUUAUUUUGUAAACUUGUAAAGUGUGUUCUACUGUAAUACAAAACUACUAAAUUGUGCUAUCGAUCACUAUAUCUUCUUGGUACAGAAUGACCUCCUUAGCUGACCCUUAUCAAGUUUGUUAUGAAAGUAUUUUAGUAGCUCACAUAUCUAGAUUACUCCAUAAGUGCAUACCAUUUGCAAGUGUGUACAUCAUAGGGACUUUUUACAUGAAAUAUUUUGGAGGUGAUAUUAUUUCACCAUAUUUUAUUUUCAGUUUUGAGGUUUUUCACUUUUUCAUUGCUCAAACAUAGAAGGCAGUACAUUUGGUUGUGUCACAGAAAUGAGGGAAAUGUUAUUUGUAUUGGGAUACAGAAAAGAAAGGGAGAAAGGGAAAUAACAAAGUCAUGCACACCACAUCAGUGGUAAUUUAUGACAUUGGUUGGCAGUAUACAUCAUAGUACAUUUCGUUCCAGUUUGUUAGUGUGGUGGUACCUGUUUAGGCCUUUUUCUACAUCUCAGAUAACCAAUCUCCAAGCUCCAGAACCUCUCACCCAAUGGUGACUGAAAUUUAGAUUUUAUUUUAAAGAUUUGACAUUCACAUUGUUUAUUUGCUGUUUACACUUUUUUGGUUUUACACUAUUAUUGGUGCUGGGAAACUGGCAAAGCCAGUUAUAAUGGCAUACUAGCAUGCAGGGAGGCCCUGUCGGAGCUGAUCAGACCCUUGGGGUCUCCCACAGACCAACUGCUUGAUUGCUCAGGUGCUGUGAUUUCAAUUGAUUUAAAGAGCUGUAUGCAGUGCUUUCUUUGCUCAUCGGUCAGUUUGAAUCCAUAAAUUGUGGCCUAAAGCUCUUAUUUAAAGAGCUUCAUGAUGUCCUUACUUUGAGUUUUGCAUUCCCCUAUAGUCCCAGCUGACAAAGGGGACACCCAGGUUUUGAUUGAUACCUGGAUCUUCCUAGUGUGAGCAGAUAUUUAAUACUGCCCCACCAAGUUGUACUAUCUUUGGAAUUAGAUCUCCACUUAAAGAACUGUGUGCACUCACUUUGAGCGCUGCAUGCAGCUCAUUUGUCAGGAUAGGGCCACCAAUUCUGGCCCCAGCUGACAGAGAUGAACCUCUAGUAUCUAAUGAUACCAGCAUGAAAACAGUCCGGGUGGUAAAAUACCACUUGAUGGAAUUAUUCCUUCAUGGGUACUUAAGGGAAGGAAAUUCAUGGCGGAAUAAUUCCAUCAGGCUUCAAUAAGGGGUUAAAAUGGGCAAUAAUUGUUUUAUGCCUAAACAAAAAACCGCAUGGUAGUGGCCAGUACCAAAACUCCUGAAAAUCUAUUUAUUUUUUACUUUCAUUUCAGAAGUUCUUUGCAGUAACUGUUCAUUUUUAAUAUGUAAUGUUUUCUGUAGAGAGGCUAGUACAUCUUGAUCUGAAGUUGGAUACACAUAUAUUUAUGGUAGUGGCUAGGGAAUACUUGUUUGCAGAAAGAAUUGUAGUUGCAAGGGAUUCAGGAGUUUCAGGAAGCGUGUUGUUAUCUUGAGGAGAACAUGGAAUAAAGAAUAAACCAUGUGCUUUUAUACGUGGAAUGGAAAAACUAAAUAGGCCAAUUCUGACCAUCAGCAGAGAAUUUUUUUUUUAAAUUGAUAUACAAUUUUUUUUGACAGGAAAAAUACACAACUAAGGUCUGGGAAGUGAUAUACACAUACAUUACAACUAUCUUGAAGGCUAUUGAAGAGCAGUUGUGUGUGUGUGUGGGGGGGAGGGGGAGAGGGUGAAGGAGGUUCUGCAGGCCAAAUGAGCUGGCAUGUAUAUGCUAAUAUGAUAUAUUUACCAACUGAGCAUGUAUAGUGAUGCAGUGCCUUUAAUUAAUAUUGUUUCACAUGCACAUACAAGUGGAAACCUAGUAGCUGGUUUGGGCCAAUAUUUUCAAAUUUACUAAAGUGUCCCAAAGAGGGAAAACAGGCUAAGGAAAAUGUCAUAGAUGACAUAUGUCAUCAAUUGGUACUAAGAUAAAUGAUGGCUAUGGCAUGAUAUAUUAGGGUUAUUUAAGGAUAGAGUAAUCUUUGUGAAGGCAAGCCUGAUUGACUUGUGAAAUUCUCAUAUAUAAGAGCAAUAUGAUUUUGUUUUGUAUUUUCAAAGUCCCAUAGACUUUAAUGGUAACUCUUGUUGUUAAAUCAUUUAAAAAUAUUUGAAUCAUCUGAAAAGCUUAUCCAAAUAAUAUUGUCCUUAAAUACGAAAAAAAAUGAAAUAAAAAGGUUAUGUAGUAAAUAUUUUUCAUGUUUCAGUGCUUUUUUCCAUACAAAUUAAUAUAUUUCAAGUAAUGAAAAUUUUAUGAAAUCAAGAAUAAACAUUUUAAUACUGUAAUCCCACAAAGUAAUUUGAUGUUUGCUUUGUGUCCGAGGUUGGGAUUUAAUUUUGAAUAAACAGAUAUCUUAUAUCCAGUCUGCUGUGUGUUUUGUUUGCAGCUCAUAUGUUUGUGUUGUGCAUUUUGUAAGUGCAUAGAUGUCGAUUCUGUAUUCAGCGUAUAUUUUUUGUUUCAGAAAACCAAAAGUGACAACAGUAUGUUGAAAAGAAAACAGAGCUCAAGGGUAGAGGCCCAGCCAGUCACAGAUUUUGGUCCAGAUGAAUCUCUCUCCGACAAUGCAGAUAUCUUAUGGAUCAACAAACCAGUAAGUCAUUUUUAUUUAUUUAUUUGUUUUGCACUAUUAUGCUGGUUUUAUAUUUUAAUUAGUCAUUCGUACAUGUUCUCUUCUUGUGUUAUAAAUAUUAUGGUAACCUUAAAUAGUAAUCAUUUUAUACACUAACCAUUAGGUGUCAGUUUCUUGAAAAAAACAUGCUAAUAAAAAGAAAACACAAAAAUAGAUGUAGAAUGAAAAAAUAAAUGAAGGCAAGGGAAAUAUUAGAGAUGGUCUGGUGGGACAGCACAGGGGAAUUACGGGUUAGAAGGUAAAAUCCAAAAUUUUGCAAUUCAAACCAAAUAAAAGUAAAUAAAGAAUGGUGGAGUACAGACAUAAUAUGACCUACUACAACUUGUGGUCUACCCCUAGAUACAUUUAUUUGCUGGUACAUAAUAAGUCAGUCUUAAAUUGAGUUUAUUUAUCAGUGGUAUGUUUAAAAGUAUGGAAUCAGACAGACCAGACUCAUCUCUUGUUCCCAAUAAAAUGAAAAUAAAUAAAUAACAUACUGACAUACUGAUGUGGCUUUAGAACAACAGGGUUAUUUACUAAAGUGAGAAUUAAAAGUUAGUUCGAAGUGUAUUUCAAAUUUAAGGAGAAAGUAGCGAACUGGAAAAAUUCUCUUUGCUUCCAGUUUGGCUAAUUUAGCCUUAAAUUUAAAAAAUCCCUUUUAAUUCACUUUGAAUUCUCACUUUCAUGAAUGACCCUAUCAGAAUAGUUUUUAUUAACUGAUUUACUAUGGAGUCUCUAGCAUUUAAUGGACAUGCCAGCACAUGAUAGCAUAUAACGAGAUUGUUGUUGGUUCUGCUAUCCUAUUAGUCAAUCAGCCACAUUCAUUGAUACUUAAUUAGUGGUUAACAACAUUGUAUUACUGCAUUGAUAUUGUAAAUGUAAAUGCAACACAUUUAGGUUUUGUUGCAGGAGACUGUAGUAGUUAAUGCAAAACAAUAAUAAAAUGGGCAAUUUUGAACAUAAUAAAGCCACAUUGGUGAUGAUUAUAAGUAAAUGUGGACCUCUAGCACUUUUGAAGGGUAAAAAGCAACUUGAUAUUUUUGUCUAGACAUGAACAGUACAUGUGUAUGAAGAAAAUAAUUGAGCCACAUUGAAAUGAUCAAUCUUGUUUUUCUCAGUGGGUUCAUUCCUUGCUACGAAUCUGUGCAAUCAUCAGUGUUAUCUCUGUUUGUAUGAACACCCCAAAGACGUUCGAACAUUAUCCACCUCUCCAGCAUGUGACAUUUGCCCUCGACACGUUACUGAUGUUUCUGUACACAGCAGAGAUGAUUGCAAAGAUGCACAUUCGUGGAAUCGUCAAGGUGAGGAUUCUUCUUGCAUGUAAUUGUGUCCUGCUGUCAGUGGUAUUCAUCUAAGUGAGAAUUUCAAAGUGAAUUUCCAAUUUAAGGCCAGAGUAGCCAAACUGAAAGUAUAGUUGAAUGUUUCCAGUUCGGCUAUUUUGACCUUAAUUCUGAAAUUCACUUUGAAUUCUCACUUUGGUAAAUAACCCCGUCAGUGUUGGAGGAGCAUGAUGAGACUUGAUGUCCACUAUAGACAGGUGAUAGGAAAUCUUAAUUGUUUUCCUCUUGCUCCAAUAUUGGCUGAGUGUAUUGAGAGUUGCAGUCCUUUUUUUCUUAAACCAUGUAGUAGAGUAGGGAAGCUUAGGUGAGUGUGUCACCAGCGUACAAGUAAUAUUGAGGACCUAAUAAAUCUGUUAGUUUACUACUAGAGGCUGUGUAGAUAAGGCACACGAACAGAACUUAGAGGUAGGUAGAGGUAGUAGAACCGUUUGUGAGAAGGAGAUGCUGAAAGAUGGAUUUGAGAGCUAUGAUUUUAGUCCAAGAAAAGUGUGCUUUUAUAAAAUAAAGGAUUAGUGCACUUUUGCAAAUAGGGUUGCAGGCACAGGCUGUUAAUACCUAAAGCACUUUAGCAAGCUGAAGCUUAAAUUGUUGUUGGUACGCAAAAUUUAGUGUCGUGUAUUUCUGGGAGAGCCAAUGGCAUUGCAGAUGUUCAUAAUUCCAUGCAUAUUUCUAUUCUAAAUGUAUUAGUGCAAACCUGCUUCUUUCAGCAACUGCCUGAUGUGAUACGUAUGACCCGAAUAAGGAACAGAACUUCAAGAACACAAACUAAUUCUGAAACAGUGGAUUCUACUCUGACUUCUUAUAAUUUUAUAGAAACUGACUCUGUUCUUAGCUAUAAUGAAAGUAUUUAUAUUGCAUAACUCUCUGAGUGAGAUUUAAAUUUGAUAAAGGAACACACAGCAGAACAUAAUAUUAGAUCAAAAGUAAAUCAGAGAUGAAAUAGAAAUCUAGGCUUUAAAGGAAUUCCCAUACAGGCAAAACACACGAUAAUCCAGAAACAGAUGGCAAAUACGGAAAUUAAUUGACCCCAGGGAAUGAGAUAUGAAUGGAAGGACUUUCAUGCUGUCAUAAAUAAGUGGGGAUGCCCUUUAAUAUAUUUUGUGCCAACAGUUAAAUCAAUUAUUCAUUUUAAUGAUGCUGCUGUAGAAAAGAUUGAAAUCUAAGGAUAUCUCUCGGUAUUAUUGUACAAAAUAAUGUUGAAUAUUUUCUAAAUCUAAUAAAAUUAAUGAUUAUAUGUUGCUUUCAGGAAAUAAAUUAUAAAACUGACUUAACCCCUCAAGGACCAAACUUCUGGAAUAAAAUGGAAUCAUGACAUGUCACACAUGUCAUGUGUCCUUAAGGGGUUAAAAAAGAAAGAAUGAAAAAAAAUAAACUUUUGAGGGCUUGUAAAGGCAGCAGACAAGAGAUCUGCACCCUUUGCAAGCUGUUUUUAGGUAUGCCUGCAAUGAAAAAAUGCAUAAUUACAUGCAUGCCUCUUUUCAUUGGGGACAUGUCUACUAAAUAGUGUUUUUUGUGUCCCUUAAACCCUACAAUGCUAACAUUGCAGUCUCAAUAAAACUGCAAUAUUUUACAUUGUUUGGUUAAAACUGCAAGGACACUGCACGCAUACCUUUUAAUUGAGUGCAUUUAAUUGAGUGCAUUUAGCUUUAAGUGUAAUCCCUAGGUUUUUGAUUACAUCUCCAAAAAUAUUUGUACUGUCUGUGCUAAGUGAACAAAAUCUACCCUACAGUAGGCUAAGUGGGCUACAUCUAGUGUAAAAGUGAGCUUGUUUUAUUUAUUUUAUUUAAUUAAAUAAAACAUUACCAAUAGUAAUGCUACCAAAAUAUGAAUGUGCCCAUCUUUUUACAAAGAUUUUUGAUAUGUUUAUUUAUAUUUGCCGUGCAAUAUCCCUUAAUAAAGUUGCGCAUGCAGUGCUAAACUCAAGAGGCAGCAAUUGCCCAGAGCACCUGUCUUGCAAAGACUUCUUAUUGAGCUGCAAUGUAAAGUCUGUGAUUUGACAGCCACAGAAGGUUUAGCCUGGGAAGAAGAGGAAGGAUUGCAAAAGGCAAGAGAUCUGCACCUUAAUUAGAUGAAUGCAUGCUUUCACGGGGGGUAAAUCUACUAAAUAGUGAUAUGAAAAAAAAACGUUUUUAUUUGAAAUUCCUUUUGAGCAACCAACAAUUCUCACUUUAGUGAAAUACCUUGACAGUAAAUUGCAAAAUGCAUGAAUAUAUAUUACAAAGCUCCCAAGCAAUACAACCCAUACUAAUGUAUAGUGUUCAAGUGUAUCACAGAUUUACACAGCAAUAAAACUCAAUAUUAAGUGUAGAGUAUAUGAAUAUAUUACAGAGCUCUUCUGAGUGAGAAUGGCUUAAUGUGAUGGGUAUAUGGAAUUGAGUGUGAUGUGUGAAUGCAGUUCUCUGAAUGAGAAGUGUGUUUAGUGAUGUGUGUGGGAAGGCUGCACUGUGAUUGUAGCUUUCCUACAUAUUUGAAUAUUUAAACUUAAUAAAAAAUAAAAAUAAAAUAAUAAUAUAUUUUUUACUGCCCUUAAAUGUAGAGAAAGGGGAUAUAUUCCCUGGUGGUCGCUUGGGUGCUUUGACAGAAAUUCUGGUAAAGUGGGGGAGCGGGUCACCUCCACCUCCAGCGGUGUAGAUCCUAGUGAACACUCUUUUUGGACCAGCACUAAUUGAAUGAGUCAGAAUUUUGUUAUUGUAACCCAGCAACAAUACUCUGAUUCCUUCACUGAAUGCCAGGACCACAAGGGAACACUUAAAGUGGUCUACACCUUCCACAGGUGCAGACCACAUACUCCUUUCCAGCAGUGCUGCACCUCACAAAAGUAUAGUUAGACCUUUAAAUAUUUUGUAUUCUACUGAGAGUAACAUUGCUUAACAAAGAAACUAUGGAUGGAAAGGAAUACUUACCCUGUAGUUAGGCGGUGGGUUUCAGAGGUAAAUAGGGAAUAACCCUUAUAUCUGUUAUAUUGUAUCUAUAUAUUAGGAGGAUAUUUUACAUUGUUAUCUACGUUGUCUCUAGAGUCUAUUCAAAUAAGUUGUAAUCUAUCAACGUAUACUUAGUAGCCCUACAGACUACCACUAAGUGUCCAUUCCUUUUUAAUUUCCUAUUUAGCACGUUUUUUGUGAUUACUUCACUAUAGGUUGCACAUCCACACAUAUAUGUAUUUUGUUUUGUGAGUUGGCUCAUUUCUAAUAAAGGUUAUUACUCUAUAAUGAUUUUUAAUUUUAGGUAAUUUCAGUGGGGCUGUUUUUUUCUCCUUGAUUUAAGGAGAAUUCUACCCUCAUAACAUUGCUUAACGUUAAGUUUAACAGUAACAUGCAUGGUAUACAAAGCAUCAACUCUAGUAUAACCCACAGUUUUAAUAAUAGUUUCUGGAUACAGAUACAGGACUGCAAUCAGAAAUUUUUGGGCCCUUUAUAGAAGCCAAGGUCUGGGUGCCUGGGGCCUGCCCCAGAGUCUACACAGAGGACCCACCCCUGAGUCCACCCACAGGGCCCGUCCCUGAGUCCACCCACAUGUAUGCACUGUAGGCGUGUGUGUGUGUGUGUGUGUAGUGGAUGCAGUGUAUUUGUGUAGUAGAUGUAGAGUGUGUGUAAUAAAAGUAGUGUGUAUAGUAAAUGCAGUGUGUGUUUAUGUAAUAAAUUCAGUGCCUGUGUUAAUGGUACAGGGUGUGAGGUAGAAUAGAUUAUGUGGGAUUUUUUUUUUUUUUUAAACAAAUUAUUAAUUUUAUUUCCCCCUUCCUGCCAGGGAGGUAGAAAAAAACCCUCUCUGGUGGUCUGGUGGCAUUGUGCAGGCAGCCAGGCACUCUGUAGUGAAAAGGGGGCUCCUCUCUCAAACACUUGCGAGCCUGGUCCGCGUGUCGCACAGAGCAUUGUCAUGGUAACCUGUACCUGCACUCUAACAGCCGGGAACUCACAACAGUUGAUGAGAUGUUCUGGAAGCUGACACAGCGUGUGCUGGGCACCCUCUUCACUACACAAGCUGCUGGAGGUCCAUUGGGGCACAUAUAUAUAGUGAUAAUCACUAUAUAUCUGUGCACAUUGGGAAUGUGGGACCCGGGCGCCAUGAUGGUGACCCUGCACAGACAUACCCAGAUUUCUGGUUUCAAAACCUACAUAAACUUUUGAGUAAAAUUAGAAGCUUUAUGGUCUGAAAACCUAGUUAUAACGUCAAUGUUAGCUUGCGGAUAUAUACUUGUUUGUGAGUUUAUAUAAUAAAGAAAAUCAUUGAUGUAGAUGUAACACAAUCGGGUAAAAUAUCAAGCACUAAGCAAAGAGUUCACAUUGUAGGUCACUUUCAUUAUCUGCAGAAGAAGAGGACAGGAGGAGCUAAAUCGAAAUUGUAGAACUACAGGUGGUGAAGUGUUGAAGGCUGGCAAUUUCGUAUUGUUAUCUAGCUGCAGGUAGUAAUUUAUAGAUGACUAGAAAAAGGUUGUGAUUCAUGAUCUAUAAAUAAAAUGGACAUAAUAGGGAGGGGGAAGGCAAAUGGAAAGAAAGUGGGUUAGUGGUUACAGUAGGUUAGAUAGUAGAAUCAGAAGACUAAAGCAAAAAUAAAAGAGCAUUUUAUUCUUGAGAUUUUAAGGAUUCAUUGAAUCAAUAAAUCAGCUUCAAGUUGGGAAUAUUAAAAUAAGAUAUUACAUUCAUGUAGUUUAUGGUGGUCUAAUUAAUAAAUUCUGACGAGGUUGUGUGUAUUUAUUUUUUUAUUGAAAAGAAUAGGAAACAAUAGAAAUAAUAGACUGUUUUAUAGUAGUAAGCGAUAUUCAACAAAUAACUCGCCUUCCACUGCAAAUGUUAACAAUUGAUAAAUGACAUCACAGAAGAUUAUAGGGUUUAUUCACUAAAAGGUAAAUUGUAGCAAACUGAAAACUAAAUGAAUAAACAACUGAACUGGAAAAAUGCUAAACACAGCUAUCAGGACAGCUUGACUAUUUCAGCCUAAAUUUUGUCAUUCGGUUUUUAUUUAUUUACAAUUCAGAUUCUGGUAAAUAGACGCAUGUGUCUAUGUUGUGAAAUGAAGAGUAAUGGCACAUGCAGUGUGGUUUGUGACAUCAGAGUAGAUCUCAUACGUUGCACAUUGUUUAAGGCUGACAUCAGAAAACUAUAACAUUCACUCCUGCGUUACCUGCCAGCUCUGGUUCCCGCUUAUUGAAGCAAUAACUGCAUCUCCAAGAUGGCGGACGCACAGGACAUGCGGGCAGGUGCUGCAGAACCACUACCACAAGCUACUGCUAACCAAGCGGACCGACUCAUGCAGCGGCUGGAUGAAGCCUUCUCCAGGUUCUGUACAGCUCUCGAAUACUGCAUGAUGCCUGCAUCGCACAAGGGGGAAGCUGAGCGCAGAGGUGAGAGCGAACCUCCCUUGGGUACACCAUCGGGAGUGACUCCCGCCGCCAAAGUUAUACACCAACCUGGGCUGGAAGCCACGAGGGGCUCUGCCCCCACGCAUUAACCGCAUAGACAGAGGGCAAACUGCAGAUGGCGGCGCAGGUCCACCACUGCCUCCCGUUCCCCCAGAGUGGAGAAGGCCCGGGACUUAUUGAGCCCCCGAGACAGCGGCCUGAAGAUGUCGGCUUUAGUGAAGGCCUGGAGCUGGAGGGGUGCCUCGCCUCACUCCCGUCGCUCUGAAAACAUUGCAGAUCACCCAGGAUGAACCGUGCAGAGCAUCAGCAAAGGAAUUGGCUAGCCGCUAACAAACACCGAUGGCAGCACCGAGACGGGCACUGUGGGCCACACCGACUCUGCAGCCACUGGCCCAUCGUUGUGGGACUCUCAUAUACCUUUAAGACGAAGACACUAACCAUCUAAACUAGUAUUUAUGCAAACAAUGUGUUAUACUGAUAGUACUGGCAGCUAGCAUAACCCUCUGAUCCAAGGUACUAUAAAUUGUCAGAAAUGUCCAUGAUAAACAUAGAGCCUGUCAUACUGUAGAUUACCUUGGUGAGAAUGUAAACCUCCUGUAACACACUAUAACCAUACAAUGUGCAACCCGCUAUACAACCAUAGGCUACCAGUAUGGGGACACCAAGCCCACUAACCAGGCAUCAUACCCUGGCCUAGGUGUGAAACUCUCCUGCGAUAACAUUACAUGUUACAUGUGAGCAAAAAUUAAUAGCAUAUAGGUAAGGACGACAAUCUUGUGUGCUUAUCACAGUUACUAACACACUUCAGGUUACCCAUAGAAAAUAAGCAGUUUACUACUAUUAAGCUAUAUCACGCUAACUACUUGACCAAGCUGAAUGUUGUUAUAUGUUUGUUCAACAUCUCAAUAUAUAUAUAUAUAUAUAUAUAUCUAUAUAUAUAUAUAUAUAAAAAUAUAUAUAUAAAAUGUGCACGCUUUAUCUAUUACCCUAUUGUAUAUGAAACCAAGCCGAAUGAAUGCCGUCAGGGUACCUCAGGCAUGUCUUUACUAAUCUUUGCACGAAAAAAAAAAAGAAGAAAACUAUAACAUUUAGGAUGUGGCAAAUUAUAUUUCAAUUUUGAAACCAGCUCUUACGAGAACCCUAUGUAGUAGUAGUAAUGAGAGUAUUUAGAAAAUUUGGCAAAUUAGAUGGGCCGAAUGAUUCUUAUCUGCCGUCACAUUGUAUGUUUCUAUUGUAUGAAGUGGAUAGUAUUACAUGUGUCAUCGAUGUCAUAAAGGUCCUCAAACUUACAGAUGCCUUCUAUAUUUUAUAGAAACCGCACACUGUUCACGUUUGUUCACGUUAAAGCACAUAUAUAAUUUCUUAACACUGUAUAUUAGCAGCUAUAAAUUGAACUUUUAACUAAAAUAAAUUAUAUCUAACAAUUAAAAAAUAGUUAGAGUUUUAAUAGUACAGACUGAACACUAUCACAGUUCUUAAAGCUUGUGUGAUAUUUGGCAACCACACUAAUCCCCUGGAAUAGAUUUGCAGCUUGAUUUCAGAUACUAAUGGAAACUGGGCUUUCGAACCGACAUAUUUCAGAGUAUUGCUGGAGUGUUAGAUAGCAUAAAAUACCAUAUUUAAUGUCUUCAGAAGUGAUUAUUUCUACUUACAUGGUUAGUGCCUCAAGCUGUCACUUAUAAUGCAUAAACUAAGGUUACGACUGAGAAACAAUUUAGGGUAGAAGCAUUUUCUAUGUAUAACCUGGUUUCCCAGGAGUACAAUUACAUGUUAGGAUACAUACAAAUGUACUGCACAUAAUGCAAAACCCAGGAUGCCAUCUCAAAAUAAUUUCUUAUAUUACAGAUGCAAGCUUUAAAUGCUCACAACCAGAGCGAACAUUUUAACAAUGUUAAAAAUUAAUACAACACAUUGAUGCAUUUUAAUUUAGAUGUAAGCUUCCUCUAUAAUUUUAUUGCAUGAGCCAACACGUUAAAAGGAAAAAAAGGGAAAAAACAUCUAGAAAAUUAAAACUAGCAUGCUAUUUAAAGCAAUGGUAAGAGGACGCAGAACUUGCGUGGCAAAGAGAUUCUUUUAGGAUUACAAAUUCACCCCAUGUUUUGAAAUAACAUAUAAUUUUGUUCCUGUUUGGGUGCAUAAUUAAGAGUGAACAAUUACAUUUGCUAAACUGUUUAGUUUUACUUCAACUGUUAAAAUAAAAUCUAUGUAAGCCUUCAAAAAUGUUAGCUUGGAAUUACUAGAAAACUACUCUUACUUUUUUUAAUUCUCACCAUAUUUUAUUUUAAGACACUGUAAGCACUAUAACUAAUUCAUCUCCUUGAAGUGCUUAUAGUGUCUGUAGUCGCCUAGGUCCAUCCUUCUGUUCAUUCUUAACUGUUUUUAAAUAAGACUCCCCAGAAGCCUCUCCCCCCCUUCCUUCCUCGUGCUGCAAGUUUCACCUGACUGCUUACCGCCUAUAACAGCGUCUAUUGCUGGUAUAAAUUGGUAUUGCUAGAAGGAAGUGUGUAAUAUUUGCCUUAGCCAUAGCUCCAGUGGGAACCGUGAUGUAGUUGGCCUGGGAGCCUCAUUCAGUGUUAAACUGCUCGAAAAUGGUUUAACACUUAAUGGAGGGAGAGCACCUGAGAACUCCAGGUACUAUAACAAAUUCAAUCAGAUUAAAUGGUUAUAGCGCCCGCAGUGCCCUUUUAACUGAACUUGUAAGCUGUAUACUCAGAUAGACCUUGGCAUGUACAGCUUAGCUAAUAUAACAUUAACCUUAUUGCUUAAAGAGACAUUCUGGACCCAUAAAACAUGUUAGCUUGCUGAAAAGCUUUAUGUUUGCAGAGUGUGUGCUCUUGUUUUCAUUUUGCAAAAAGUGCAGAUUUCAAUAGAAAAUUAAAAAUUUAUAAAUUAUACUGGUUACACCCCCCUGGCUUUUCAAGCAGACAACAGGUCCUGUUACUUCCUGGUUCGGUUAGCUUUGAUGCACUGAACUCAAAAGACAGCAAUUGCCAUGUAAAUUGGGAAAUCUGUGAUUGAACAGUCACAUGAAGUCUGGGCGGGGGUAGAAGAGGAGGGCUCGCAAAGACAAUAAACAAGAAAUCUGUAGUUUUUGCAAGCUGUUUUUAAAUUUAACUCCAAUGGGGGAAAAAAAAAUCCUUUUGUAAUUUUGGGUAAAUCUACUAAAAUUUUUUAUUUAUUUUGUUCAUGGCCAGUGGAGUGUCUCUUUAAACCCUGGUUAGAUGACAACCCAAAGAAUUAGUGAAUGUUUGUUUGAUCAACAUGGAAGUUAUAAAGGGUUAAAAACCCAUUUUCUUUUCCUUGUUUUGAAAACACAGGGCUAAACAAAUAUAAUGUAAUUAUAGGAAAAGGAAAAUAUGUGUUACAAGCAUGAAUGUUUCAAAAUUGCCAAGACUAUAAAAUCCCUUAUUUUAAGGGAAUUCAAGGAAAUUUAAAGAAUACAGGCCAAUUUAGUUGAAAGUAAAAUAAAUAACACAAUUACCCAAAAUGUGGAUUGACAGUGAAACCACAUAUUUUGACAGGUAAUUAUCAUUAUCAGUUGUGCUUUUUCACUGUCUAUUAGUGAUGUUUUGUUUGCUUUUUAAUGUGUCACUGUCCUAAUGAUGUUUGAUUAGUUAGAUGAUAAUGUGUAACAGUACUGAAGCACACUAGCAAAAUGUGUACAUGUGAUGGUCUUUAAUGUUCUUAAAUGAUGGUCUUUAAUCGUUAUUGAAGGGACUAUUAAUCUGUCCAAAUCUUUCUUUUUCAGUAAAUAAGGACAUUCUAAUAAAAACAGUGGCUGUGACUUGGGAAGAAUUUUUAUUUUUAUUUCACUGCCAUAUGCUGGACAAGUGCAUUGUGAUGCCUUUUAGCUCAGUGUUCUAGUAGCCCAGAAUGCAUUAUAUCACAUUUUGAUAUUCAUCUUGUCUUUAUGACAACCAAGUAUCUAUCUCUCCUUAAUGGAACAAUACAUCAUUAGGAAUAUUCCUAAUGCUAUAGUGUUCUAAUCCAUAUUUAGAUUCAGCACCCCCUUUGACCUGAAAAAAAAGAAAAUUAGAGGAAAAAUAAUUUUACUCUAGUUACUUUUAAAAUGACUUUUAUUUUUUUCUAGCACCUAUACUCACUCCGUGAUGUAAUCCUGGAGCAGUCGCUUCCACAUUUAUCACCAAUUCCAGUGCCCCUCACCAAUGAGAUGCACUUGUGCUGUGAGUUCUGCUCCUCCAAUUAAAUGCUUCUCAUAGGUAAGCAUUGAUUCCAAUGCUUCCCUGUGAGCUGUGUUAGAUGAUGUUCGACGUCCUCACGUACUUUGAACAUCAUACAACCAAGUAAAUAUCUUUGCAAUGCAAGUGUCUCUUGCGGCUGUCGGGAAGACAGUGACUAUAGGAGUGGUUACUCUUUUAAUCAAAACAAGCAAUAUUUUAGGUUGAGGGUUAAAACAAAAGGGCCACUGCACCUAGACCAAUUUACUGAGAUUAAGUGGUCCAGGUGCCUUUAGUUGUCUUUUAAUAAAAAAGUAAUGCUUGUACAAUUCUGACAUAUUCAGGGUGACUUUUCUGGAUUUUUACUAUGGUGCAAGGUGUUAACUUUCUUAAAUUUAAAAAAAAAAUCUUUUAUAAGUAAUGAGUUCAGUACAAAUUAGCACUUUUAUAAUUAUUUUUUUUUUUAUAAAUCUGUUUUUAUUGAUAAGUGGUUCAAAUAAGCAGUACAUGCUUCAACAAGCUUUACAAGUUAAGACACGCAGGUCUCCAACAUAGCAUCAAUUUGAGGAUGUUAAUCACAUUAUGUCGGGGUUCUCGUCCGUAUUUCCCCAUGAGUUUCAUUACUUUUUAUUUAUUUUAUUUUUUGUAAGUCUUUUUCGUUAUGUGACAGCGUGAAAUAACAGUCGUAAUGAUGCAUAAUAUUUGACAUCGUGCAGUACGCCAAAAUAUGCAGGUCGGAAGGAGAGGUCCUGUACUGUUUUUGUAACGUAAAGGUUUCGUUUCCCUCAUUCCUCUCACUCUGUAGUUCCAUCUCCCCACCUCCUUCCAUUUGACUUUAUUACUUCGCCUCGUUAUGUCAGGUGAUAGAAUAUGUGGGUGUCUCUAAGUGCGAGUUAGUGAGAUGUGUAAGGUAGGGAGAUAUAACGGUGAGACUAACGGGUCUUUGCGUUCCAGAUGUGUAUGCGGGUCUUUAGCGUGCCAUGAGAGUAAGUUUAGUGGAUUGUAUAAUACGUGUCCCCCUUUCUAGUGCGUUAUCUUAUAUGGCUAGGGGUGUUGUCAUUACUACUUGUAGCAGAGUCUAUAGUUCGUGAAAUUUCCCAUGCGUGAUGCCUUGGUGUCGUUAGUAAUGUGUGUGUCGUAGACCUAGUAAUGUGUGAUUGUAGUGGAGUUAAGAUGUUGCGUGUCUGCUAUAUGAGCGUAAGCUCUACUUUAAACAUUUUGAUACCGGAACAUUUAGCAAGGCAUGGUUUGACUCGCGUUUCCCUAGGGAGUCUGAGCACUCCUCAGAUCCCGUCAGGAAUGGGUGUUCCUCUCCUUAGAGUUUCAGAGGUCGAUAGAUUUUCCUUUUUCUCUUACCCUUCCCUUUUUUGCCCUCUUUGUUUUUAUCGUAAUGUAUCUCUCCGAUCCCGAUCCCGAUUCCCCGGUCCCGGGGCCCGUCCAGCGAAACGGAAGAAAGAAAGAGAGGUAAGAAGAGAGAGGAAGAAAAGAAGAAGAAGAGGAAAGUAAGAGAGAGAGGGAGAAAGAAAAAAAAAAAGAAAAAAAAAGAAAAAAAGGAGGGGGGGAGGGAGAUAUGGCUAAGGGGGGGGUGGACUGUGUCUUGUGGGAUCCGCAUCUGAUGUUGCCCCGUCAGUGGGUUCGGGGGCGUUACCUGCCUGUCUGUAGCGGGUAAUAUAUAGGAACCAUGGGAGCCACAGUUCUGUGUGUUUUAUUGCUCGGCCCGUCAGAGAAGCGUGUAUUUCUUCCGCUCCAUGAAUGUCUUCUACUCUGCGGAUCCAUUCUUCUUUAGUUGGUACAUCACUUGUCUUCCAGUGUGCCGGUAUGUUAGCUUUGGCCGCGUUUAGUAAGUGACGUAGUAUAGAUCUUUUAUACGUCCGGAUCGAUUGUGUCGUUAUGUGUAGUAGGGCUAAUUCUGCGUUCCAUUCCGGGACAUCGCCCAGAACGUCAGUCACAGUGUCCUUAAUCAUUGCCCAGUAUGGGGUAAUGUUCCUGCAUUCCCACCAUAUAUGUAUCAAAGUGCCACGUUCUGUCUGGCAUCUCCAGCACAUCGGGGAGGUUGACGGGAAGAUCUGGUGUAGGAGGGAUGGCGUUCUAUACCAGAGGGAUAGUAGUUUGUAAUUCACCUCUUGGUAAUAGGAGCUCAUAGAGCUUUUUUGUUGCCAUAGUAAUGCCAAAUCCCAUUGUGAAGGUGUGAGCGUCUUUUGAAGUUGUCCUUCCCAUUGGCGACGGAAGGUAGAAGCCUGGGUCGUGUCUCCGAUAAGUAGGUGUUGGUAGAGGGCUGAUAUAGCAUGGUCAAGUGUGCUGCCAUUGUCACAGAGGCCCUCGAACCAGGUGAGGUCUCUGUGUAAGCGUUCUUUAUGUGGCAUUGUAUCAUGGUAGUGUUUCAACUGUAGGUAUCUGAGUACCGUGAGGGGGGUCCUUGGACCAUCCCCUAGUAAUGCAGUUAGAUCCCGGAUUCUGCCACCUUCGAGGGCUUUAUAUAUGGGGAUAUAGUUCCUCUCGCUUGGGAUGGGCCAUGCGCCGGGCGGGAGUCCACCUCCCAAGGCCGCGUUAUGGGUGAGUGGAAUCAUCGGGCUAGGGGUGGGCGAUAUAUAGCUCUGGUCUCUUAGCGAUCUCCAACCGGCGAUUGUUUGCGUUAUCAGCCCCUCAUUGUUGUGGGCCAUCGGGUCUCUCGUCGUUCCCCAUAUCCUCAUUUCCAGUGUUGGUCCGAUAAGGCCUUUAUCGAGUUCUACCCAUUGUUUCGUUGUAGGUUCCUGGUGCCAAUCCAGUAUCCGUUGCAUUACUGUAGCUUGGUGAUAUUUUUUGACAUCUGGUAAGGCUAGUCCACCAUGGUUCCUUGGGCGGCAGAGUAUGUCAUGUCGAAUUCGAGAGCGUUCCCCUCGCCAUACAAAUUUUAUUAUCGCUGUUUUCAGGGUGGAGAAGAAGGUCCUUGGGAUGGUUAGUGGAAUCGUUUGCAUAAGGUAUAGAAUUCUCGGCAAUAUGUUCAUCUUGAGGAUCGCGACUCGUCCAUGCCAGGUUACAUGUGGGUACGACCAUCUAGCUAAGUCCGCUAGAAUUGUUUUCAGAAGGGGGACAAAAUUGAGACGGUAUAUGUCUUCUGGGUCUGUGGUCACCCAGAUGCCCAGAUACUUCAUCCGGCCGUAACACCAGUGAAAAGCAAAUAGCGAGUCCAGGGAUAUGUAUUCUUCCGUGGGGAUCGUAAUGUUCAGGACCUCGCACUUUGAGAGAUUGAGUUUGAAGCCCGAGAUUUUCCCGAAAUUGUCGAAUUCGGAAAGGAGGCAUGGUAAAGUUGUCCUAGGGUGUUGUAUAAAGAAUAGGAGGUCAUCCGCGUACGCAGCCACUUUAUGGUGUGUUCCACGCCAGUCGUAUCCUUGAAUGUUUGGGUUCAGUCGUAUCUUCUGGAGCAGUGGUUCUAGGGUCAUAGCGAACAAAAGUGGAGACAGUGGGCAACCUUGACGGGUACCAUUGUUUAUUGUAAAGUCCGCUGUCGUGGCUCCGUUUACUCUCACAUUUGCGUGCGGUUUGCUAUAGAAGGCUGAUACCCAUGCGAGUAGUCUCUGUCCGCAUCCCAUAUGUUGUAAGGUGGCCAUCAUGUACGACCAGUCAACUCUAUCAAACGCUUUCUCCGCGUCCGUGGAUAGUAAUAGCAUUUUAGUUUUUGUCUUUCUUGCGUAUUGUUGGAUUGAGAACAGUCGCAGGGUGCUAUCUCUGGCCUCUCUGCCCGGGAUGAAGCCUGUCUGGUCAGCGUGUAUCAAUUCUGGAAGAAAGUUGUUGAGCCUGCUAGCUAUGACUUUCGUGGUUAGUUUGGCGUCUACAUUGAGUAGCGAAAUGGGACGGUAGCUGCCGCAAAGCAAUGGGUCUUUUCCUGGCUUGAGCAAGACCGUGAUGGUCGCGGCUAAGGAUUCCGCGCCCAGGUGCCCUCCGUCACCCACCGCAUUGAUCGCUUUAGUUAGCCAUGGUAUCAGGAGAUCUGGGAAGGUCUUAUAGUAUCCAGUUGAAAAACCAUCUGGUCCAGGUGCCCUGCCCGAUUUGGACGUUUUCAGCGCAGCCGCAAGCUCUUCCGUGCUGAUUGGCAUGUCGAGUGCCGAAGCUGAUUCCUGGUUAAUCGUUGUGACAAUCGUGUCAGAAAGGUAGUCUCGUAUCUGAGUAGCUCUUCUAUCGUCGCUCGUCGUCCCCAUGGGUGGGUUCAGGUUGUAAAGGGUUUCAUAGUAGGUCCUAAACUCAUCGGCGAUUUUUUGUGGGUAGGGGGUCAUUUCUCCUGAGGAGAGGCGAAGUUUGCGUAUUUGUCUACGAGGCGUUGGGCCUUUUAAUAAUCUGGCCAGGUAUUUCCCCCCUUUAUUGGCGUGCGCAUAGUAGAAACCCUUCGUGCGUUGGAGAUUUCGAAGAUGUUUUUUUGUGAUGAGUCUCUUGAGUGCCCUUCUAUGUUCCAUCAGUUCCCCGUAUGUUUCAUGUAGUUGGGAUCUUUUGUGUUGACUUUCCAGCUUUGAGAUCUUUUGAUAUAGGUUAGUCAUCUCGAUCAUAUUCGCUUUCCGUUUUUGCGAGGCAAUGCGGAUGAGUGUUCCGCGAAUGACGCUCUUAUGCGCUUCCCAUAUGGUUAUCGGGGAGACCUCUGGUGUGUCGUUGUCUCUGAAGUAUUGUUCUAGCUCUUUGGUUAUUUGUUCUUUGGUGGCUGGAUCAAGUAGCAGAGCUUCAUUAAGUCUCCACGUCCACGUAGUUGGGCGAAACAUGGGGGAUUCCAUCUCUAGCUUGACCGAGCCAUGGUCCGACCAUGUAGACGGGUCGAUAUCCGCUUUGAGUAAGCGAGCGAGUCCUUCUUGUGUUAUGAAGAGGUAGUCUAUGCGAGAGUAUCGGUUGUGAAGAGCGGAGUAGUAAGUAUAAUCUUUUACCGUUGGGUUGAGUAUUCUCCAGCCGUCCACCAGCCUCAGUUCUUCCAGCGAUUUUCGGAUCGAUCGGAUGUUGUUUUGUGAAAUACUACUAUGUCCCGAUGAGGAGUCCAAUAUUGGGUCUAGAGGUACGUUAAAAUCCCCUCCGACGAUUAGUAUGCCGUCAGUGAAUUCUUCUAAUAUAUGCAGCGUAUUUCGGAGGAAGGAAGCCUGUCUUCGGUUGGGGACGUAGAUGUUUGCCAGGGUGUAUAUCUUGUCGGCUAUGAUUCCUUUCAGGAAGAGAUACCGUCCGUGUGAGUCUUGUGAUCUCUCUAAUUCUUUGAAUUCAAGCUCGGCUGCUAAGAGUAUGGCUGUGCCCGCUUUAUGUGACGUCGAGUGAUUAGAGAAAUAGUUGUUCGGGUAGUGUUUGUUUUGUAGCUUAGGUGCCGCGCCUUCCUUGAAGUGGGUUUCCUGGAUCAGGGCCACUGCUAUAUGUUUUUGCUUCAGCUCCCUCAGUAGGUGAGUCCUACGCUCAGGGAUAUUGAGGCCUCUGCAGUUCUGGGUGAGGAUCCUCAGGGGUGUAUUUCGGUAUGCCAUUCUCGCGGUACAAGCGAGGUGUUCCCUUAAGUCCGAUUCGUAUAAGAAAGGAGAAGGGGAGGGGGGAAAGAAAAAGAAGAAGAGGAGGAGAGAGAAAGAAAGAAAAAAAAAAAGGGGGAAGGGAAGGGUGAAAAGGUAGUAUUUUAGUUCCCCAAGACGGGAACCCAAGCCCGGGGCACCCUGGGCCGGGACCGAACGAGACCUAUAGUAACGAUAGAAAGAGGUGUGUCCGGAGUGUAGUUUUGGUCUGUGGGUCGGGUGAACCCGAAUUCCAAUCCCGUACGGGGAAAUAGAGGUUGUAGGUCUCGUGCUGCAGACAGCACUAGAGGGGGGUCUCGCCUCGGUACCUGCCCAGAGGUCGAGAGCGCCUAUAGCCUGUCUGCACUACUCUUAGCACGAGUAAGUAUGUGGGGAAACGCAAGUCAGGCUCCGCCCAAGAAGGUAGUUAACUCAAGAGUGGAGUCGUCUACCCCACCGGACCCUCUUUUGGUAGUGUCGUGUAAAGCUAAUUCUCCUGUAUUUGCGGGGCGUGUCUUGUGGGUUUAAGUUUGUAUCACUAUGGUCGAGGCGGUGUCCCCAGAAUUGUUGGUUUCAGUGUCCCUCCCCUCGCAUUAAUGUCCCUAGCCUUGUCUGUGUGCCCCCUGGGACGGUGUGCACCCUCCUGUGCCCGAGGUGGUCCUGAUCCACUACUCUCGGGGGUAUUGUGCUCUACUCUAUAAUGUGGAGUAGUGGGGUGGGUGUGCGUGGUGGUUGUACCAGUGACAACGCUAUUGUGAAAACAUAGGCCAAGUAUGCAUACUUAGUAGUCGUUGGUCUACUCUGUCCGUCUUCUCGGUAGUAGGAGACUAUCCACUCCCCUGAGUGUUCUCUGUCUGUGUCUCUCUAUCUUAAUAUCUGAUCAUUGUAGGGGGGGUACGUAACGAGGAGAGUAUCCAUGUCUUAGGUACAUAGUGUAAACAACAUAACAUAGUAUAACAUAAAAAGGUUUCAACAUUUCAACAUUGCUUCAUUAACAUCACCCGAUGUCCCCCAGAAGACCCCUUAACCGUCAGCAGUUGCCCAGCCUCAAUGUGAGUCCCCAUGUUCCCCAUUUGGCUGCUGUCCUGUGUGGGGUGGAGGGAGGUCCCCCCCGAGUGUUGGGUUGUGGGAUUUCCCGGGUCAGUGGCCCUCGUCACCCCGUAUUUCCCUCUAUGUGUAGCCGUAAGGGCCCUUUUUGAUCAGCGUGAUAGUCGGUGGUACCAGUCAUACGUCAGCAAGGCAUGUGUGAUGAGGUGAAUCGUUUUGCACACCCUUCUCUUCUGUCAACCCCCUCCCCCUGGUCACAUACAUAGCUUAGGAUUCAACAUUGUGAUGGGUGCUGGGAACGGUAUUCAACGCGUUUCCUCAUCCAAAGUCUACUUGCUCUGUAUUAUGCUGGUGAGUCUUGCGCCUUCAUUCGGCGGCAUGAGUGUUGGGGAUUCCGGGAGGAGGGUUAGUGCCCAAUUCGUUAUGGUAUGCGUCCCUGCCUGAACCCGAAGCACCCCCGUACCAAAUAUGUGUACCCAGGUCUCCGUGAAGAGGUGGCAGUCAUUGCACUAAGGGGAAGGGGGUAAGCCUGAGAGGUGCACUUUGGUGGAAGCAUGAUCACCCAGGGUGGACCCAUGUUCCCUUGAACCCUCCACCCAAAGCCCUUUGUGUAUAGUCCCGGCAUACCUGCAAUUGUCCCAGUCUAAGUUAGUAGCUCUGCUCUGUUAAUAGGGAUCGAAGUGACUUUCUUCGGAAGGUGGUUUUUAGGUGCUUGUUAAGGGGCCACGUGACUCGGGAUGUUAAGAGGUGUUUAACGGGUUAGACGGGUCUGCACUCACUCUUCCGGGGAAGUCGGGUUUCUGCGCCGUCUGGCCGGUUGAACAGAGGGGGACCGUGUUCCUCUCCGCCUGGGCCCUCUUUGCGGCCUCUGGGUUGGGGCCGAUGUUCCCAGGAUCCAGUUGUGGACUGUCGGUGCUGGAAGGCCUAGUUCUUCCAUGAAUCGCGGAACUUCCUCGGGCCAGCGUAAUGAGAUCCAGCCAUUUUGAUACCUGGCCAGCAAUGCGAAAGGGAACCCCCAUUUAUAGGUGAUGUCUCGUUCCCGUAGUGCGGUCGUCAUGGGGCGGAGGGCUCGCCGAGCCUCUAGUGUGAUUGGGGAUAGGUCAUUGUAUAAUGCUACUUGGGAGCCUCUGUAGGGCCAGGUUGGUCUUUCUCGUGCUUUUCUCAUAAUUGUGUCUUUUACUGGGAAAGAGUGCAGGCAACAUAUUAGAUCUCUCGGCCCAUCCUCCAGGGUUCUGGGCCGCAUGGUUCUGUGUGCCCUUUCAAAUUCUAUGUGCUGCGGUGAGGUUGGUUGCAGGAUGGACUGAAAAAGUUCAGUAAGUAUUUCCACCACAUCUUCUGGUGGCCCUUCUGCCUCUGGGAUGCCCCUAAUGCGAAUGUUGCACCUCCGACCCCUGUUAUCCAGGUCCUCAAGGUGUCUUCUCAUAGAGAGAAGCAUUGUACCCUGGCGGGCUAUUGCAGUGUCUGCAGUUGCCACACGAGUUGUAAGGGCCUCAGUGGUCUCUUCCUGUAGUGUGAUGCGGCCAGCGUGUGCAGUUACCUCAGCUCUGAUCCCAGCCAUCUCUGCUCUGAGGGUGUCCUGUAUGGUGGUGGUGAGUGUUUUGAGGUCAUCUUUUGUGGCCAUGGAGGCUGUGAGACUGCGCAGCCUCUCUUCAAUUCGAUCGAGGGCUGUGCUCUCCGUCCCCGACGGGGAUGGCGGCGCCAUCUUGGGGCCUACUGGUUCCUCGCUUGCGCCGGGUUGUGGGUGUAGGAAUCCGUCCAGGGGGCCUUGUUGAGGGAUUUUCGGGGUCUGGGGCUGCUCCGGUCGUUUGUUACGGCCCAUUUAGCUGUCGGUUGCGUGCCGUUAUAGCUGUAGUAGGGUCCGGUGGAGCGGAGCUCUCCCUUUACGCGUCCAUCUUGGUUCGCGCCGAGACCGCGCCCCCCACUUUUAUAAUUAAACCUUGUUAUACCUCUGGCUGUCAAGCAGACAACUGACAUUGUUACGUGCUGGUUUGUUUAGCUCAGUAGAGCUAAACUCAAGAUGCAGGCAAUUGCUCAGAGCACCUGCCAUUCUAGCUAAGCUGAAUUGGAACGUCUGUGAUUAGACAGCCACAGAAGGUCUGGGAUGGGGAAAAAGGGGAGGUCUUGCAAAGACUGCAUACAAGAGAUCUGCCAUUUUUACAAGCUGUUUUUAGAUAUACCCCCACUGAAAAAGUGCAUAAUUAAAUUCAUACAUAUUGUUAUUGGUGGUAUGUAUUCUAAAUAGUUGUUUCUUUAAAAUUUGUAUUGUAUUUGGACAGUGUCUCUUUAAGAUUAUCCUUAAAGGAACACUCCAAACACCUAAGGAAAAGAGCUUCUAAAGUGCUUUAUGUUUGAAGAGUGUUUCCUCCUUGUCUCAUUUUACAUAAUUGAAAUAAGAAUUGACACUUUUAUACAUUAACCUUGUUGCAUGCUCCUGGCUGUCAAUCAGACAGCAGGACCUGUUACUUCCUGUUUUGGUUAGCUCAGUUGAGCUAGACUCAAGAGGAGGGCAGUUGCCCCGAGCACCUACCUUGCAUUGGGCCUGUGAUUUAAAAGCCAAACAAGGUCUGUGGAAGAAGGGGAGGGCUUGCAAAGGCUGCAGACAAGAGAUCUGCAGAUUUUGCAAACUGUUUUGAUAUAAACCCCCAAUGAAAAAAUGCAUAAUUAAAUGCAUGCAUGUACUACUACAAAACUACUAUGCUAUCAUAAUUGUUGGACCUUUAAGGGGGUUCUUCUUCAUAUAUAUUGUCCAAAACACCAUACACAUACUAUUUGUGUAACCAAUUCAGGCAAAAAUACGUGAGCAAUUUGUGCUAAGUGGGUCAUUUAAUGAAUCUCUCCUUUAAAACCUCUGCAAAAAGUAUGGUACAAACAAGUGCCAUUAAUGUUAAUGUAAAUUAAAGAGGUGCUUAUAGUUGGAGAAUAGAUUGUAUUGCAUAAUUGCACUAAACAUUUGUACUGGAAAAGAACAGUUAAUACUUCAUUUAACACAACCUACAAAUUAUUUUCAAUGUGCAAAAUGUUGCUUAAAAGGUACCAAGAGGGAUCAAACCAUGAGGACCAAUUAUUUUAAAAAUGUAGGCUGGAUAGCUCAUGUUUGAACUCUAGCUCCAUACUGUAGUGGAUAAAUGACCUACGUGGGAAUCAAGGUCAUCCAUGCUGAUAAGCCAUAGUUAUCUUGUUUAUGAGAAGUUGGUUGGGGAAUAGGUGGAGAUUAACAUGAAAUAAUGCACUUUAUUCUUCUAAACUUACUAAAGAACUGUAUUUUCUCUUGUAGGGUGACACUUCAUAUGUAAAGGACCGGUGGUGUGUAUUUGAUGGAUUCAUGGUGUUUUGUCUUUGGGUAUCGUUAGUUUUGCAGGUAAUGUUAUAUCACAAAUGAUGUGUAUGUAUAACGUAUACAGCCGCAUUCAUUAAGAAUAUUGUAAACCAAAUAAAAAUUGAGUGUAUUUGUUCUUCAUAACUACAGUGUUGUAUUGGUAAUCACUCCAAGGAAAAACUCUUGCAUUAGCCAUACGUUUUAAACCCUGGAAAGUUCUAGGAAAGUACGCCAUGAAAGUAAAAUACCCGCACAAUCUAGAAAAUUCUAUAUGGAUUCUACUAUAACAAGUGAGGAAUUGAAUGGAUUAAUACCUGAGCACAAUAUUACCUGGACCUUAUUAUAUGCCUAAAAGUAAUUUUACCUGACCAGAUUAUCAAUGAGCAUAAUACGAUUUAUAGUCUAGCGUGGGCCGUCUGGAUGCAUCAAUCUGUCUUUGCUACCAGUUUUAGCAGGGAACUAACACUGGCUUUGUAAUAGCCACAGUGAGAAACUUUGCAGCCUGUCCACUUUGUCUAUGGUUAGCAUGGUGUGUGUGCUAUGUGCUGAUGCCGGACUCAAAAGUUGCACACAAGUGAUCUUUCUAGACAGGAUGACAGUACGGCAACUGACUACCUGACAACUUAGAGUGGCGGCCCUUCACAUAGCGUAGUGCUGGUGCAGAAUCUUUGCAUACUUUUAUAAAAUGAAGUAGUUAUAGUGCUUAGAGUGACAAUUUACAAAUAAUUAGAGAACUCUCUAUAACAGGUUUGGCAUCAAAUUAUAGGAAAUGUAAUUCCAAAUUGCAAGUCUGAGGUAAAAACAGGUUUGCACUGUAACCCAGCGUUUAAUAAAUAAAUCUUACAUUCCAAAAAAGAGGCAAACCUUUCCUAUUUUACCAACUUUCGGUGUAGUAGAAAGACCGGGAAUGUUAUGAGAUAUCUUUUGCUUUUUAUGAAAAUACCAAUUUAAUUUUAGGUGCAUGUUGAUGUGGGUGUUUAAAGAAUUCUAUGAAAUUUCAUCAGUUUAAAUUGACAUACAGACAUUUAUAAAUGUCAUUGUACUUCCUCUAGCUAACUGAUGAUAUUAAUGAAUAUGGUGAGGCAUAAUGUCUGCUUUAUAAAAUGACUUUUAAUCACAGCAUCCUUAUCUUUAUGUAAAGCAUCAAUUUCUACUUUUACUUUUGCCCUCAUUACCUGUCUAAACUUCAUAUCAUGACAUUUAGAAAGUAUGACUUUAAAUGUAAACACUUGCAUUAUUUCAAGACUGCUGGGUUUUUUUUUCUGCAAAAAUGAAAUAUAGUUAGCAGACUGUUUUGAGAAUAUUUACAUUAUAAAGCAGUUACUUUGGAUUUGUACUGGAGAAAGAGAUACUAUUUUUGCUGUUAAAAUCAGUAUUUCAGUGUUCCAUUUAAUUAAAAGAGAAGGCUAAGCACCAUACGCACUACAAACCACUGUAGUAGUUAUGUUAUUAGAAGGCUACAGGUACUGUUCCACAUUUAUGGGUUAAGCUGUUCUAGCGGAUUAACAGAAAUUAGAGGGACUCAAUGUACUUUUAACAUUGCUUCUACCACACUUCCACAUUAGCAGGAUCAAUGUUGCCCAUGUUUGAGAGGUGUUGAUAGUCAAUCAGUGCCAUCCAAAUAUGCCAUCCAAAAAUUUAUAUUUUUAGUACUGAAAUGAAAAAUCUUCAUUAGCAAUUAAAUGAGAACCAUAACCACUACAACUGACUCUAUUUAACAUGAUGCUGUCAUUGUUCUGCUAACAUUUUGUAUCUGAGGACAAGUUUUUUAAAAGGCAGAGCUCAUGAAGGUGAAUAUUAUAUGCUGUCAAUUAUAAAACCAUAAGAGUCUAUUAAUAAACUUGGAGACAAUUGACAAAGGAAUCAAAUAUUUUAGUACAAAAUUAAUUCAUUCGUAAAAAAAAAAAACAUGAAUAAAGCUACUGAGACAAAUGUAAUUUUUGUUUUCCUACUGCCAGGUGUUUGAAAUUGCAGAUAUAGUUGACCAGAUGUCUCCUUGGGGAAUGCUGCGGAUUCCACGUCCUCUAAUAAUGAUAAGAGCGUUUCGUAUUUAUUUCCGAUUUGAACUACCAAGAACCAGGAUAACAAACAUUUUAAAGUAAGUUCGAAAUUCGUUUUUCACAAACAUGUAAAUAUCAUCCAGUAGCUUACUGGCUACCAAUAUAUACAAAUUGCAGGUAAUUUCAAUAGGCUAUUUGUUAAUGAUGAGUGCAUUAUAAGGAGCAUAAUUUAGGUCAAAUGGUCCUGGUGAAAAUUAGUGCAUUACUAAAAGUACAAUUGUAUCAGAGGGACAUUCAUUUAAUCUUUAUAUCAUUUUGCAUAACUGUACUGAAAAAAAAAAAAAUGCCUACAAAAAUAUUUAAUUGAUCAGGGGGAAUUUAUAAUACAUUAGUUAUUGCCUUUGCACCCAAAGUUGCAGGAUCAUUCCUUAUACCUUUCUUAGGGACAAUUACAUAUCCCUCACUAUACCCUUCUAUGCAUAUCUCCAAUCUCAAAGCUUUCUCCACUCCAUAUGUCUGUACUUUAUGAACUCGGACCGGAUACACUCAUGAUACUUCCAUGGUACUCUCACAAACCAAAAAUAACUCUGUUAACAAACAUUAUGCACAGAUAAUACAUAUUGUAGAGUUUAAACCAUUAUCCUUGGGCCUAGAACAUAGCUUACUCUAGACACAGAAACCCUGUUUGCCACUUGGUCUAAAGCCAGCAAAUUAUUAUCAGCCCCUACAUACCAGUAAAUAAACUUAAAGAUUCUCCAUCUAGCCUAUCUUAUAAUAAAACUCCUUUGUCUUUAUUUAAGAUAUUAAAUCAUAAUUGCAAAUCUUAAGCACAAAUGUUGAAGUCCACUAUAACCCAGUGUUUAGUAAAUAAACCUCACAUUUAAGAGAAGAGGUGAAUUUUUUUUUUAACAUUUUUUUUAAACAAUUCAUUUUCAGUAGCGGACAAGUCCUAAAACAUUCUAAGAUAUCUUUUGCUGGUUAUUAUUUUUAUUUUUAUUAUUACUAUUUAUAAAGCGCCAACAGAUUUUGCAGGGCUGAAAACACCAACUUAAUUUUAGAUGCAUUUUGAUGUUUCUGUUUGAGAAUUUAGUAUUCUAUAAAAUUUUAUCAAAUUAGAUUAACAUAUAGAAAUUUAUAAAUGUCACUGUACAUCAUCUGGCUAAUUUAUGGUAUUAAUGAAUAUGGGUAGACAAAAUGUCUGCUUUACAAGAAUUAUUCAUUUUUUCGCCUGUCCACUUGCUUAUAAUGUUACUCCUGUAUUUAACUGCUCGACUCUUUUUGUGAUGAUAAUCACUAUUUUAAUUUCAAUUAAAUUUUUAUUUAUGUAAUCUGAUUAUCACUGCAAUAUCAGAUUGCUUUUGUCAAUCACACUUGUUUAUAGCAAAUUAAAAGUUUGAACAGAAACAAUUUAAAAUAUGGAAAACAUUUUAUAUUUUGUAAAUGAUAAGAAAAAAUACGAGUUCAAAAAGCCACUGAAUCUUCACGAUUAGCAAUGUUGCAAGUCACUGAAGGACUAAACAUUAGGAGAGGUAAGACUACGCUAAGCAUCCUGGCCCCAUGAGAUAGUCCCUGAGCUCACACUAGCCUCUGGGUCAUCAAAUUCCAGCCAGUACCAUGUCACCAGCCCCAGCCUGCAUCUUUGCCCUCAGAUACGGUUUGACAGGCAACUGUAAUCGGUGUCCCCGGAGAGGCACUAAUAACAUUACACUUGCUGGCAGUAUUCCCUACAAGGCGUAGGACUAUGAUAGGGAGUUCCUUUUCACUUUGCUCGAGACCUGGGAAAGUAGCUGUGGAAGCCAGAUUCAAGUGCCAGGUGCCCAGCGGCAUUUGGACUUCAUGAACAAGGAAGAAGAAUUUAGGUUGGCACAUGCCUUGUUGAGGGCUUAACGUUGUCAAAUCUUGUUUGGGUCCAAGCAGCGGUCAUCUUAAAUGCAUGUCACACUUGCACUCACAGCAGGUGUUGCUAAUGAACAGCUUCUGAGUGACUUCCGAGCCCUCCAGUUUGGGCCGUAAUAACCUCCACUGGUCCAGGGGGUGUGGGAGUGGCCAUACAAUGGAGUGAGGUGUCGAUGUGCAGCCAUCGGGUCGGAGAGCAAAGCAGUUCCUUCAGCUUCACUCCCCACCCUGAUAGGCUGUAAUUCCAGGUAUUACACACUCCUUAAUCUCCCGUUGGAGGGCAGAUCUACAGCACUGGUAGUCCCCAGGGUAGUAUGCUGUAGUUUUCUGGUUUAAGGUAGAUAGAUAAUGUAUAUAUAGUCAAUUAAAAAUCAGAAACGACUGGAGACAUUCUGACAUGCGGCCUGCCAGCAUGGUGGUCCGGCCCCACCCCUGAUUUUUAAGUUUUCUUAAUUGGUUUUUAUAAUAUCAAAACUGCAUUCUGUGGUAUUGAAAAGGAAUUUUUAGAUGAAAAUGUAGGAAUAAAAAAAAAUGUUUGUAGAAAGGACAAAGGCAAGGCUUAAAUGACGCUGGAGAGAAGAUUUUUCUGUUAAACCAUUCAUGAACAGUUUAACCCUGAAGAUAAGCUGGCGCCAGGGACGUCCUUGUACUACAACAACUUAAUUCUGAUAAAGUUGUUAUGGUGCCUGGAGGUUAUUAUUAAAACCCAGUGAGACAUCCCUGUCUCAAUAACACAAUGGAUGCUAAAAUGCUUAGAGGUGAUGGUAGGAAACACGGGAUGGUUAUAACAGGAUUAGCUGAAGGUGGAGAAUAUUCUCCUCCAAUCAUACCCAGUUUUAACCCGGCCAAAUGGCAAAUUAUUUAGGUAAACUAGAAAAAUGGUCAGAGCUGUGGCAACUGACAUUUAAUGUAGAUACGUGCAAAAUAAUGCAUCUUGGGUGUAAAAACCCAAAGGCAGAGUAUAGAAUAUUUGAUACAGUCCUAACCUCAAUAUCUGAGUAAAGGGGUGUGGUAGUAGACAAAAAUAUUACCAGGUUCAAUAAAAAGCGUUUAAUUGACCAUUACAAUACACAGAGAUAUCUCAUGGAGAUUGGCAAGAAGCAAUCUAACAUCAUGUUACAAUUCCUCAUAUUUUAUACAUAUGACCCGGAACCGGCCUUUCGUUUAGCUUGAAUCAGAACUCCAAAUAUGGUCUUAUUUCCUAUUGGCUAAAUUCUAGCAUAACUGACAAAUUUAAGGUUCAAAAGUUUAAGCAUCCCAUGAUCUUUCUAACAGAUGACUUGACCACAGUCAUGCGUCUUACUUCGCUAAAAUAUCGCUUGUCUAUGAUAAAAGUUAACACAUAUAAGACUUCCUCUUUCACAACUUAAGCACACAUUUCACCUUUCCCCCCCUGGCAACAUCUGACAAGACACGCUUUCAAAAUAACCUUUCCUUUUGCAAUCCAAAAAACAGUCCAGACAUCCAUUAGUUUCUUCUUAUUUCUUAGAGUAAAUAUUCUUCUUUGAUUAUAUUUUAAGAUGAUGAAUAAACAGCAAAAUGGCUGACAGCAUGUCAGUAGCAGGUUACAUAUGUUCACAGUCCUCCCUUUGGUGCUAGGACUUUCACCACAAAAAGCUCCGUGCAACACUUCCAUGUUUAGCGAAGGUCAUUCAGUGAGCUAGUGAUUUUAAACAGCACUUGCAGGACUUUCCAUAUAGAUGCGCACACGAUCAAUAUCUUCACGAGAAAGCAUGUCUGUAUUCCAAGUCGGUAUGAGUUGUGACCGGAUAGGAGACAUUUCAACAUUCGAAAUUGUGCCAGGGGAGAUGAAGGUGAACAGCUCUUGAGGAUUAAUCGGCACGAACACUUUAGGACAUUCACUGCAACAUAUAUAAAGACAAGCAUCAAUACUACUAAAAUAACUCCAAUGAGAAUACGUUUUCCCAUUGUUCCCAACCAAUUAGUUAAACCAAAACUCCAGUCAAAACCCCAAUUUAAACCUCCCGAAGAAGUAUCGUGAACUUCUCUAAGUUUAAUUUGUACUUCAUGCAAUUUAUCUACAUCUGUAUGAAUCUGACCAGUAACAUUAUCUAUCUUUAAACAACAUCUUGUUUUUAUUAGUGCACAAACACCACCUUCGGAGGCCAACAAAUAAUCUAGGGCAAACCUAUUUUGCAUAAUCAUAGCUGAAGCUUGUUCCUGUUCUGCAGACAAUUUUUGAAUAGCAUCUCCUGUAUUAUUAAAGGCUUCAUCUAGUAUAUCUCCUAACAAGUUUAAUUUGUACAUUAAUUCAAUAACCCCCCAUGUAGGUACAAAACCUGCAAAUAGCCUAUCUUCUUCACCAGAUUUUACAGUUCUUUCGGUUUUAUCUUUUUUUGGAACUAAUAACCUUUCUUUUAUUCCUCACCCUUCCUUCAGGCAAAUUUUCAUGAAGGGUUAACGCUGGGAUAAUAUUACCUAGAUAACAAGUUUCCACCCAAUUACAUGGAAGUCUUUUUACCGCCCAACUACCACAUAAAUAGUAUACCCCAAAUGGAAGAUGGAUAUCAAUAACAUGAGAAUCUGAGCAGUCAAAAAUAGGUUGAUUAAUAUAGGGCAGUAGCAUAAAAAGAUUGGAAGUUUGAGUAUUAAAGUAGGCCCAUCUCAAAAUAGUGACAUUUAAAUGUUCAUUCUGGUCAUAAUUAUUAUCCAUGAUUUCUACCUCAGAAGUCAAAUUUACCCAUACAUGAUUAGUAAUCACCGGGAUUCUAUCCUUGAUGGGACAUUUUGUUAAAAUAUCUUCUAAUAAGGGUUUCCAACAAAAAGCUUUCAAUCUACCAGUACAAGGGGCAGAAUUAGUUUCAGACCCACAUAGAUUAUAAAAGGACAUUGUUUUCAAAAAUAACAAUAGCAUUGCUUAUAGGCUUAACAAUCUUGUCAGGACUUUUCUGAUCCCUGUUAGAAAUUACUACUGCUCUGCUAGUAAUGGGAUAUGUUAAAUGAACCUUAGCAGGUUCGCCAGAUUUGGAUAAUUCAUUCUGAAUAAAUCCAACAAACCCCGUUUUAUUUGCUCUUAUUUUCUCACAAAGAGAUUCCAUAGACCAUGGCACCCCCACAAAAGGAUAACCAUAGUUCAUGGAAUGCGGAGCAAACCCACAAACCCAACAAUGAUUACUUUUGUUUGAUAAUUUAUACAAUUCAGUAGCUGUUUUAACGAAAUGAUUAUCUAUCUCCCAAGAAGAAAAAUACUUGGCUCCCUGGCCCAAGCUACACGUGUAUUAAAGAAAAAAAGAGGAGCUAACGUAGUGUAGAGGAUGAAAAAUUAAAAAAAUGUCAUAAUGACAAUCAUUAAGGACAAUAUAAGUUUAACCAGUUUGAGAUUCAUGAAGAAAAACAGUAGAGUUGACUUUGGAUUAGAAAGAUACUCCCCUUAUAAAGUACCCCUUUUUAGAAGGGAAAACGGCUUCCUUAGUCCUCUAUUCUUCUUCCAGUGAAAAAAUCUUUUCCAGCGCUUGUCAGUUUACAAUGGGAAAUGUGGAUCCAAGAUUUAACCCCUGCGACUUUAACAGCUGA